GCCCGGCCCCCUUGGAGCGAUGGGGGCGGUUCGGCGGCUCAAGGCUGGCGGCGUUGGCGGCGGCUGCGCCUGUUUCCCCGCCCACGACCCACUCAGUGCCCGUCCUGGAGAAACAGGGAACAAAACAAAAAAGGAAGUGGUCAGUCCCACCGGCUGGCUGUGGAGUAAUUUUCGCAGCUCCUUCUUCGCCCUGUCGGAAUCGGAUCUCCCGCAACCCUUCCUUGGCUGGACAGUUGGGGUGCCCGCAAAAAAAUAAAAUCAAAUCCCAAGGGGGGAGUUUGGAAGGACCCGCCUCUACAGGGCAUCUGCUGGGCAUCGCUUUUGCUGGCCAUGGCUGGGUUCUGGUUGUUUUUGCUCGUGGGCCGCCUACUGGCGCCGGGCAGCGCCUUCAACCUGGACGUGGAGAGCCCAACUGUUUACUCCGGUUCCGAAGGGAGUUACUUCGGCUUCGCGGUGGAUUUCUUCGCCCCGGAUCUCUCCUCGUAAGUAUAAUCUGUCACUCGGGCGCAUCCAUCCCGAAGCGGGAAAAGGCGCCGCGCUCCUUCGCCAGGAGGACCCUGGGAUCUUUGCAGUCUUUUUGUUGUUGUCGUUGUUAAUUAUUUGACGCCAGAAAAUGCUGGACAAGCCCCAGGAAAGUCCUUGAUGGAGCCCUGCAAGUGAAACUGAAACGCGCCUGUUCUGAUCUCCAUUCUGAGCACAGCUCCGCUUUGGAAGCGAGCUUCAUUGGAAUGAAUGGAACGGAACUUCCGAGCAAAAGUGUGUCUGGAAUUGGGAUAGAGCAGGCUUCCCUCCGCGCCUCUACGCCCCGCUUAGAUACCCUCCUCCUUGCUCAGCUAUACGUUCUCCCCAUCUUCUGCCUCUCCCAAAUCCCACUGAUUUCAGUGGACCAUAAGAAAUGCACCACAGAGCGAGCCUCCUCAAAAGUGCUUUGAGUUGGACUUAACUCCCCAAGUAAGGGUGCGUAGGCUUUUGGGAGCCCGGAUUUAGGAAGGAAUCCCGUUGAAAUCAUUGGAAAGCUACGUGCAUAUAGGAAGAUUUGGCUAAAACCCAAGUACUGAAAGUCUUAGCUCACAUUCCUUCCCCCUGAUACAAGGCAAGAUUGCCUCUUCUUAUCCUGGCCAUACAAAUCCGUGAGGGACACUUUGUAUCAGAAGAUGAUAGUGGUGCUAUGCGAUGUGAGCCAUUUUGAUGCUGUAAUUGCAGAGGAAAGGGGAGGGGGAGGGGAGAGAAGGAAACAUUUUUCCCCCCUUAUUCAUAAUUUGUUACCUGCUUGUCCCAGAUUAAUUAGAAGCGGCGGACAAUGUCAUGCUUAAAUCCUGCCUUUUAGAGGACCCCGGCCGACAUUUUUAUUAUUAAUAUUAUUACUAUUGUAUAAAUGGAGUAAUUAUGGACAGAUGCUAUGAUUCAUAAUUAUAUGUGGAAAUGUAUAAAACUGUGGAAGAUGAAUCAAUAAGAAGUGAACCUCUCUUAAACCCGCCCAUCCACUGAAUCCUAAGCAAUGCUGUCUUGAACUUCGGAUCCGUUACCAGGAGUAACACAAACUCUGUGUCAGGAUAUUUGCAGCCUGUGAGCCAGUCUUGAUGUGUGAUUCAGAUAUUGUCAUCCAUUUGAAAGCACUUUUGUCUAAUAGGCUCUAAUGUGGUCUGACAGCUUUUCAUUUUGAUUAUGGGGAUGAGGGGGCAGAACCGUCCAGAUUGCACAAACUUUGCUGUGUUAAGUCCCCCAAAAUGAGAGGGUCAACUGGUCCUGGGUCCGUUUGUUUCUCUGAUGGCUAAACCUAAUGCUCUGAAGCCAGGGAUGCCAACUUGAAUAAAAUCUGGGCGUGGGGGGCAGGUAGCCCUCGCCCCACAUAAUCGAUCACAAGACACGGCACACGCACAGCGUUAGAAAGGCAAUGCCCAUCAACUUGGGGGGGGAAGGGUAGCCUCAUCAAAUAUUUUAUUGGGGGGGGUGAAGUCACCUCAGCCCCUAGGAGCUGGCUGCUAUGCUCUGAUGCGUAUUCUCCUAGUCUCACUGUGAUUUUCUUUCCAGAUAGGUGUUUGUGGCAGAGGAUAUACAUUUUGAAUGUAACUGAGGUGCUCCAAGUUGGUGCAAAGGUUGGGAUAUGCUGCUAAUGUCAUAUGUGUGUGUUUUUCCUAGAGGAGGUCCCAGGAAUAAGUGGUAGCCUAGGCCUGCAAUGAUAAAACAUCAAACAUUAAAAACUUCCCUAUACAGUGCUGCCUUCAGAUGUCUUCUAAAAGUUGUAGUUACUUAUCUCCUUGACAUCUGGUGGAAGGGGGUUCCACAGGGCAGGCACCACUACCGAGAAGGCCCUCUGCCUGAUUCGCUAUAGUUUCACUUCUCACAGUGAGGGAACCGCCAGAAGGCUCUUACUAGUUUGUAAGCCCCACAGAACCCAAGGCAUAUACUUUUGGGUAAACAUGAGUAGGAUUGUCUUAUAAGACCGUUUCACAUAUGAACUGUCUUUAUGGAUUGAACCAAAGGUCUGUCAUGGAAAGGCCUCUGACCAGAUAUGGCCAAAUAAGUUUUGGGCCUGAGGUAGACUUGGGCAGGGCCAUCCCCACCAUUAGUCAGAGUGAGGUGGCCACCUCAGGCCAUGAAUGCUGAGGGUGGGGCUGGCAGCAAGAUGUUGAAGGACAGAGCUUAUCCUGUACCCCCUAAGCUAGCUUUAAGCCCUCAGGUUUGGUGGGGAAAGCUGACACGUGUCUAGUGUUGAAGUAAAAUUCAGCUGUCAAUCCCCAGGCAGCUUCUGUAUGUGCCAUUGGGAGGAGAACCAUCUUGUCUGCCUCAGGCAGCAAAAUGUCUAGUCUGAGGAGGGGCUGCCUAUGGGUAGAUAGGUUUUAACCCUUUACUCCAGUACGUAGCAUUAUGUACUGAUCAAUCUAGCUCAGUAUCACCUGCUCUUGGUGUGUAGGUUCCUCACUUCCAUGAUUUAUAAGCCCUGUAUGAUCUGGGUUCGAAAUUAUGGUGGGCUUUGUUCUACAGACCUUAUCUGCAUCCCAUGGAUGGGGGUGGGGGGCAGAGCUAGCAGGGGAGGGAAUAUGGGGCAGGGUCAAUGGGCUGGGCAGGGUGGAGCUGGUGGACACAAUCCUGGUGUCUGCAUGAAGGAUAAUGCCCAAAUAGGACUACAGUAGCAAUGGGGAAGACAUACCAUAUUUUUCCAUGUAUAAGACUAGGUUUUUUUUAACCAGAAAGUAGGUUUAAAAUAGGGGCUUGUCUUAUACAUGGAUAGUGCUGAGGGAUGUUUUCUUAAUUUGGAGUCCCCAAAAAUAGGGGGCAUCUUAUACAUGGGGGCGUCUUUAGACGGAAAAAUAUGGUAAGUGUGCUCACAUUUUCACCAUACAUUUAAAGCAGUCUUAUGCCUCAUUAACAGCUAUGGUUUCCCCCAAGGACUCCAGGGAAGUGUAGUUUGCUAAGGGUGCUGGGAAUUGUAGCUCUCUGACAAGGAUACAACAGUUCUAAGGAUUCUUUAGGGGACGCUGUGACUUUUAAAUGUAGAAUAAGAGUGGUUUAAAGGAAUGGUGUGGAUGUCACCCAUUAGAUGGGUGUGUAUUUGAACGCCUAUAAGCUGUGGGCAUCUGCUGUCAGAUGGGACCCAAAGAGGCACAUGAGUAAGAGCCAAAAAUAAUAUUACCCAUGAUAAGUGCAAUAUCAGUCAGACUAGAAUAAUAAUUUUAAAAACCCAAUAAAGUAUUUAUAAAUAGCUAAAAACGGCACAGCUGUUUCAACCACAUCCUGGAAAAUCAGCAGAUAAUGCCUGCCAUAGUUCUUAGAUGGUGAUGUGAGACUGUCAGUGGAGGGAGCAGGAAAACUUGUCUGAAAAGGGGCUUUCCGUAAUAUUGGCAUCACCAUGGAGAAGGCACAGCUCUCAGCACCUUUGCCUACAGUUGCUAUUGUAGGUGUGCCUCUAAUGGUGGCUUGCAGUGCAGACCUUAGAAGAAUUGCUGUUUUGCUUGCACAAGCUUCAACUUGUACAGCAGAACUUCCCCCUCCUCUCUUUUCCUUUGCAGCCCCCCCCCCACCUACCCUCAAAAUCUGCUCCAGAGCCUUUGGGGGACCCUCUGGAGCAGAUUUUGGAUGAGGUGAAGGCACAGGGAGAGGAGAAGAAGUCCCACUGAGCGAGAAGAAUGGCAAUCGCCUAGCAUUGGAGGCAACCCAAUAUUUAUGGCUGCUCUGUAAAAGCUUCACCUGCUCAUGCCAGCACAUCAGGUUCUGGUUCAAGGCCUAAGGGCAGGAAAAGCCAAUUCCCUGCUCCCAGUCAUUCUUUGUCUAGCUGGCUCGUGGAUAUAUGGGGACGAGGAGGCAACUUGCAGGUAGAGAUGCAGGUAGAAGAAUAGUCUGGGUUGGAAGUGGGUGUUAAAAGUCAAAUAAAUAAAUAUGCCACAUUAUAAAUAGAUUUCCAUGUUCCUUACUGUAUAGAUAUCUAAAAUGGGGGGGGGGGUGUUAAAAGCUAUAUUAUGUAUUGAAUUGCAGAUCGUAGCAUCAAAGAAUCAUAGAAUUGUAGAGUUUUAAGUGACCCUAAGGAUCAUCUAGUCCACCCCCCCUGCAAUGCAGGAAUAUACAGCUGUCCCAUACAGGGAUCAAACCUGCAACCUUGGCCUUAUCAGCACAUGCUCUAACCAGCUGAGCUAUCCAGCUGAUGCAUUAUUAUACAGUGGUACCUCGGGUUACAUACGCUUCAGGUUACAGACUCCGCUAACCCAGAAAUAGUGCUUCAGGAUGGGAACAGAAAUCGUGCUCCGGCGGCGCGGCGGCAGCAGGAGGCCCCAUUAGCUAAAGUGGUGCUUCAGGUUAAGGACAGUUUCAGGAUAAGAACAGACCUCCGGAACGAAUUAAGUACUUAACCCGAGGUACCACUGUACACAUAAUGUAGGCAGGAGGAAAGCCAUGCUUAUGACCAAGUAGGAUGAAGGAAAACAGGUCAGUAGCAGCUUAUGCUUACAGUGGUUUGUUCUGCAGAAACUCAGGAGAGCAGUUUUGCAUGAUGAAUUGCAGGAGGAAUUCAGGAAAUUCCCCGAAACCUUGAUGUAUGGAACUUGGUAUGCCUGGGUAGUACAAAGAGCUUGCUGUCUAUCAUCUUGAGAUGCCGCAGGACUGGAGAUAGGCAAAUGUUGCCCAAAUAGUAAAAAAAAAAACCAGGGCUGGGAAGUGGGAGAGUGGGGGAGGAUCCAGGAAAUAACAGACUUGUCAUUCUGACAUCAGUACCAGGGAAGAUCCUAGGGCAGAUGAUGAAGCAGUCAAUUUGCAAGCAUCUUGAUAACAAUGCAGUGCUCAGUAGUGGCCCCUCAAGCUGAACCUAGUCCAUCAAUCAUGUAUGAGCGCACCACCAGUGGUGAGAUAAAUCACACCCUUGUGCUUCCUGCCUGCAAAACUGGGGGCCAGGAUUGGGGAGGGGAAGUCCCUGCAGCCCACAACUCAUGUCUGUUGACCUGUCUUGGGCUUGGUGGAUUAUAGCUUGAAUAGACCUGCUUUAUCUUGACAGUAGUCUGAUAACUUACAAUAUCUGAUGGUUUAAUAAGUGGCAGUUGUUUUGAUUAUGGGCAGAUCCCCAUCUAGCACAACUUGUAUGAAUCAUUCAAAGAAGGAGCAGGGAGACCUCACAAGGAUUAGAUAAAUUAUUGGAAGAUAGGACUAUCAGUUGGCUACUAGCCUUGAUUGAUAUGCUCGACCUCCACUGUCGAAGGCAGGCAGCAAUGCUUCUGAUACCAGUUGCUGGAAACCACAGGAGGGGAGAGUGCUGUUGUGUUCAAGUCCAUCUUGGCUGUGAGUCCUGGAAGACCUGCUCCCUGCCUUACAGGCCUUUUCCCACCUGGCAUGGGAGGGUGCGGUCCGGACUGACUCCAACUACAAAAGCUGAGGCUGCUGAACAGACUCAUGGGCUGAGGUUUUUUUUGUUUUUUUUGAAGGGGGGGUGCUGUUGGUUUUUUGUAACUUUAUUUUAGAUUUUGUUGUGAUUUAUGUGGAAAUUGUUCAGUUUAGUUUUGUAACUUUUAAAGUUUAAUUUAUUGUUUAUGAAUGCUUUUGUUAAGUUGUAGAUAGGGCUGGGCGAUAUCUGGUUUUCAGCAUUGUGAUAUAUCAUCAGCUGAACACAGUGGUAUAUAGCGAUAGAUCACGAUGUCUGAAAUAAGGAUGUAACUAUGUAGAGGCAAACAGGAUAAUGUCCUGGCAACUGCUACUACUUAGGGCAGAGCUUUCCAAACUGUGUGUUGCGACACAUUAGUGUGUCGGCUGCAGUGUGUAGGUGUGUCAUGCGAACACUCCUCCUGGGGCUGAGAGGGGGUUAGUUUAACCUCCAUUGUGCUAGUAAAACUGAAUUACUGUGUCACGAAAUGAUGCGUGUCUGAAAAAUGUGCCAUCACCAUGAAAAGUUUGAAAAACUCUGACAUAGGGGUCUAAAACUGAUACAUUUUUACUUACCUUUAGCAUACUGUUAAAACUGCUAUUUUAUAAGCAGCAGGGGCAGCAGAAAUCAUGAGAGAAGUUAGGACCGGCUCCAUUAUUUCCCCCCAUCACAAUUUUUUAUAUAGCACUCAAACACACACACAUUGUGAUUUGUGAUAUCACCAUGUCAGAUAUUAUGAAACCAUUAUCAUGAUAGGGAUAGGGAAAACCGAUUUUGGGUGAUGUAUUGAUACAUCACCAAGCCCUAGUUGUAGUCAUUUAUGUUUUUUCAUGUUGGAAGCCACCUUGAGCAUGGUUUGAAUUGUGGAAAGGUGGCAUGUGAAUAAAAUGAUGUAUGUAUGCUUGUAUGUCCUGCUUGCUGGUUUCCAUGAGCAUGGGGCUGGCCACUGAGAGAACAGGAUGCUGGACCAGAAGGGCCUUUGCUCUGAUCCAGAAGUCUUCUUACGUUCCUACUUUGCAGAAGCUUGAUGACUGACCAUUUUGCUUCACUGUUUCUCCUUGGUGAACGUUGCUCCUCCUUUUGUUAUUCUUUAGACGAAUUGUGCCCCAGGCAAAAACGAAAUGAAUGGUGGUAUCCGAUGCUAUUUGUACUCAGGAUGGAGCCAUAGAAAUUAACAAACUUAACCAACUAAAGUCCAUUGAUUUCAAUGGGUCUACUCUGAGUACAACUUAGUUGGAUAUCAUGCUCUUAGAAUAGUUCACUUGCCUUGUUAUAUUUAGUACAGCAUGACUCAUUGUAUAUAUAAUUUUCCUGAACUCUGAUGCCAAGGAACAAAGACUUGGAAAAAAGCUCUAUUCAAAUAAUUGGGAUUCAUCUACUUGGCUGGGGAUCCAGUGAACCACAGAACCAUUUCUACAUGUUUAACGAUAUAAACAUGCCCAAGGUAUAAACUUGACUAGCAAUCCAAAUAAGCAAGGUGUGUACAUGGCACAAACAUAGUUGGAUAUUUGUCUACACACAGUUCCGAUUGCUGAAGACGUAAGCCAUGGUUUCAGUUUUGCAAAUUCAGCAGUUGUUAAGAAAGAAAUAGAGGAGGAAUCUUAUGUUCUGAAAGCAUGCAAAUACUAAUUCUGGGAUAAAAGUGAAACAAUUGAGAUUGGCAGGAACAGAGGGAGUGGACACUAUUUUCCCUUUCUCUUAUAUCUGUUCACAUGGUGGUAAGCAAACUGUACCUGUGGAACUUCUGACUUCCUCUGAAAGAGAGAGGAGCCAUAAUCCUUUUGGAAUGUGGCAAUUUUGUGUUGGCGCACAGCACACUCUGUGGCUCACCACUGCAUCUGCUGAUAUCUGUAGGAUCAACAUGCAACACUCCAAUCCUAAACAUUUGUGUUGGACAGUGUUGAUGUCCCUGGCAAAAUGUUGCGCUGUAAGUCGCUGCAGUGGGUAGAGCAGUUUAUUUGCCAUAUGUUUUGCAUUUAUUUCCUGGCAUAGUCAACAUCAGAAUUGGGAUAUUAUGGUGUGUGUUUUUUGUUUGACUGCUUCUUUUCUAUUUUAAGCUGUCAUUUCAAUACUGUCACGGCCAAGAUUUGCCAAAUCAAAACAUCAGAAGUAAGUGAGACUGAAUAGCUGAGGGUAUUUGCUCUGGAGAGUAGAUUUGAGCAGAGAUGUUGUGAAUUAAGGGGAAUAUGCCUGAUGAUUUAUAGUGGCAUGUUGCUUGAAGUGGAAGGAGAGCAGGAGAGACUUUCCUUGAGAACAAGGAACAUGAUAUAUUCUAAUGACUGCAGGAGGCUGUUUGUUUUAUUUUUGGAGUAGAUUUGUUUGCGCUUAAAGUGUGUUUGCUGGGGGAGGAGUUGAAGGCCAGAAUAGCUUUGGAAUAUAUUGAAUGCCAUGGAAUUUAAAGACUCUUUCCCUUCAACUUAGAAGAUCACUAAACCUCAUAUGCUGCUGGUUACUCAAACACAGCACAUGGAAACAUCUGUUGUGUGGAAACAUCAUGCAAGGCUCAUCUGCCAUGUAGACUUCUUCUUUGUGGUCUGUCUAUCUGCACUGUCAGAGGCAUUAUGCCUCUGAAUACCAGGUGCUGGAAAAUGCAGACAGGCAGAGUGCUCAUGUGUAGCUUGCAGACUUCCCACAGGCAUCUUUUUGGCCAUUGUGAAACAGGAUGCUGGACUAGAUGGGCCAGUGAUCUGAUCCAACAGGCGUUUCUUACGUUCUUAUGUCUUACAGUCCAGCCCUGUACAGUCGUACCUCAGAAGUCGAACAGAAUCAGUUCCGGAUGUCCGUUCGACUUCCAAAACAUUUGAAAACCAAAGUGUGGCUUCUGAUUGGCUGCAGGAGCUUCCUGCAGCCAAUCAGAAGCCACAGAAGCCCUGUCAGACGUUCGGCUUCCAAAAGAACGUUUGAAAACCAUAACACUCACUUCGGGUUUUCGAUUGUUUGGAAGCUGAAACAUUCGACUCCCAAGGCGUUCGGGAGCCAAGGAAUGACUGUAUAUCGUUUUGGUUGAGGUGGGGUAAGCAAGUUGCAACUUUUGCCAUUCCAGCACAUUUUGAGCCUAGGUCAGAGAGAAAGAGAACCUCAGGCCUGGUGGCCUUCAUGCAGUCCUCUAGGCCUUUUAAUAUGGUCUUUGGGCUUCAAAGGCUACAUGGCUUACUGACUGGAAUGUGUCCUUGAAGUGUGAUAAUGCCUCUUGCUUGCCUGGAUAAGGGAUGGAGAUGUGUGUGAGAGCAGAAACCUCUGAGCUUUGUUUUGCUAGAAGGUAGUGCCAGAUCACAACAGCAACAGCAACAUGUAUAUUUAUACGGGUACCUACUGAGAAGAUCCAUUUAAAAAGCAACUGUACCAAAAAGACUUAUUAUGAAAAUAAGAAAUAUGGGGGGGGGGGGGAGGGCGCCAAAGUUUAUCCUUCCAUAUUACCUGUCCCUAAUACUGCAUGGUAAGAUUCACAUUCAUUGCUCCCACUUUUUGCCUCUAGGCCUGCCCACCACUGACAUGUAGCCCCUGAGAAGUUCUCUUAAGGGGAUGUCGCCCUCAUGCUGAAAUCUUAGGUCUCACUGGUAUGCCUGUAAACAGGGGGGCCAACUUGAAUAAAAUAUUGUGGGGUCCCAGGAAAGCCCCAUCCCCCAUAAUCAGUCACACAAUACAGUGCACACACACACCCUUUGAAUGGGAAGGCCCAGCCCCCUCAAAUAUUUUGUUGUGGAGGCCAAAGCCCCCUUGGCCCCUAGGAGUUGGUUCGUAUGCCUGUAAAUAUCAGUUGCUGCGAUUCACAAGUUGGAAGAGUGCUGCUGUUCUCAUGUCCUGCUUCUGGGCUUUCCAUAGGAAUCUGGGGGAGAGUCACACUGGCUCUGAAUUUUUUUGUGGUGAUAAUAAAUCUCAUGGGACAAGACCUCCCUAAUGGUGACCCACCAAGAUGACUACAGCCCAUGAGCCAUGUGCUCUGCCAGGUGAUUGACCCCCCACUCUAGCCACCAUUUUUCUAGUCUCAGCUGGGCAGCAAAACCACAAUGUUUAGAUGGGCUAGACUCUCACGUAUGGCUGGUGGGGUAGCAUUUGGCUCCGUGGACCACAAGUUGUUCUAUGCAGCAAAUCUGACUAUAGAAGGAAGAGCAAACAGGGCCUCCGGCAAUCCCACCUCAAUCUUUUGGCUUCUACAUGGUCCUAGCUAUGGUUCUAGCCCUACCUAACAUUACAGUAGCUGCCAUACUACACUUGAAUCCAUUUCCUUCAGUGGCAUAAUGAGGAUUCCUAAACUGUUUGCUUCUUCAUUUGUUUCCUGCAGGAUGUUCCUCCUUGUGGGUGCUCCAAAGGCAAACACAACUCAACCUGGGAUUGUGCAAGGAGGCCAGGUGCUCAAGUGUAACUGGAACCCCAACAGAAGAAACUGCCAGCCGAUUGUAUUCGAUGCCACAGGUAAUAUAGCAAUAUGGGCUUUUGCCAACCCAAGGGAUUUGGAUGAAUUGCAAAGAGGAAAGCAAAUCAGCAACCUGUUGGAAAAGAUUUGGAGCAAUAAGGGUCAUUGUACACAAGGCUCACUUUGUUGGCCUGUCUUCAUGCCAUAGUCAUUCAAAAUGGUGGAGGUGCUCUUAGCAUGUUGUGGUAGGCCUGCCGACAUGCAUAGUAUGCCAUUGAUUUGGAAUGGUUGUGACAAGACAGCCAACACAUUCAUUGUUGGUGAACAGUUUGGAUCCUGGUGACAGAACCAGCAGGAUGGGAGGAUGUAGCUUUCCCACGUGAUCUUGGGAAUCUGUACUGCUUGGAAUCUAGCCCCCAUCUCCCUGCCCUCUUCUGCUUGUUUCUGGCAGCCCCUCAAGGAACUGCAAAUCCUAGCAGAUAAAGUUUCUCUUGGCGGAACCGGAUUUGCAAAUGUAAGGGAGGGAAUGACGGCCUGUGAUGAGAGGUAGGGUAUAAGCCAAUUCAAAGACAUCCCUAAGCCGUCACUGUUCGUUCUUGGCAGUUUCAAUGUGUUAAGAUAGGCUGGCUUUCUGGUGAGCUGGAAUCUUUGUUGCUGGAAUUAAAGAACUCUCUGCUUUACAGUGGCAAAAACCAUUUGAAAGUGCUUUUUAUAUGCUGGCUAUUCCAGCAAAGGGUACAUUGGUUCCUUGUCCAGGGCUUACAACAAUGUAGACAUAACAUAGAGGACUGGAUUCUGGAAUUUCACGGAAGGAGGGGGAGGUUUCUUGUCCCCUCCUCUCCAUUGCAGUGAUUUGCACUCCCAAUAAAAGCCUCUUUGGAGGGUCGAGGACCCCUCCUGAAAAAUAUGGGGUGUGGUGUGGUGGGCUGCUAUGAGAGGGGAGAAUUGCCCCAAAUCAAAUUUGAACCACAAAGGAAAUUCUAGUUCCUGUUCCUAGCAGCAAUCUCAUGCCCUGCCCCACAUUGUUUAGGAGUCCCCUCCCCAACCCUCCAGGGAACAAUACUAGGGGGUGCUCAGGUGAUGGGCAGCAGGUAAGAGGGGAUGGGAAACUUUCCAUUCAGAAAGUUUCUUAAGUUCACUUAGCCUGAGGCUCCAAGUCAAGAGGUCCUGAAGUGGGAGAUAUGCUCAAAAAGGCAGGCUUGAAUUCCUGUGCUUAUGAGUUGCAAAUUACUCAGUCCCUCAGUCACUCCCACUAAAGCUAGAUUUAUUUAUUUAUUUUUAAAAAGGGAAACCAUGUACGCAGCAUGACUUUGCACAUGCAGCCCCACAGCCACUUGUGGACAUGUGGUGGAAUCCUGGUAAGCGUGCUAUAGGGGCAGGCAGUCAUAUAAGGCAUUUCUGGAGCAGUGCUGGGCUUGCGGGUACACUAGUUGCAGGCUACCUAUUCAGCUAUCUGUUCCACAUUUGCAAUUAUGCAAAUGGUCAGUUUGUAGCCCAGUUUUCUUCAUGCCACACCUGAGGCAGCUAACCGUAACAACCACUGAAAAACACAUGGCAUGAAUAAAUACAGGUUUACAGACAUGUUUGUCAUCUGGCUGCCAAUUAGCUUCCAGGUCCAAUUCAAAGUGCUGGUUUUGUUCUAUAAAACCUUAAAUGGCUCAGGACUACAAACUUCAAAGACCGCCUCUUUCCAUAUGAACCUCUCUGGACCCUGAGACCAUAAACUGAGCCCUGCUCCAUGAGAGGUCCAGAGGAUGGCAACAUGAGAGAGGGCCUUUUCUGUGGUGACUCCCUGUUUGUAGAAUGCUCUCCCGAGAGGGGCUCCCCUGGCACCUUUGUUACAUAUCUUUCAGGACCAGGCAAAAACAUUCCUCUUCUUCCAGGCCUUUGACCAAUUAAUCUAUGGCCUUCAAUCUAAAAAAAUCUAUGGGGUAUUGUUUUUGUUUGUUUGUAUGUUAGUGUUUUUAUAUUGUAAACAGCCCUGUGAUCCUCAGAUGAAUGGUGGUAUAAAAAUCAUAAUUGUCAUCAUCAUCUGGCUAGGACUAAUGGGAAUUGUAGUCCAAAAUGUGUAGAGGGCACCAGGUUGGCAAAGGCUGGAGUAGAUCCACUAAAAUCAAUGGGGCCUAAAGUGGAAAUCUCAACGUAACUUACCUGGGAGUGAGCCCUAUUGAAUUUAACAGGACGUACUUCUGAGUAGUUAGGAUUGUGCAGAAAGUUAGUCAUGGCUAACUUGAGUCCUGCUGGUUUCCUCCAGGAGUUGUUGGACUACAACUCCCAUCAGUCCUAGCCUGUAAGGCCAAUGGUCAAUGGGGACUUUAGUCCAACAACAUUUAGGGGCACCAGAUUGGAGCAGACUGGACUACAUUAAGCAUCACUAAGGCUGUGUACACACUGCUGCUUACUGCAUCCAGUGUGCUCCCACUGCUGGUUUGGGAAGCGAUGUACACACAACAUUGGCCACAAUCCAUAUCUAUCCUGUCGUUUCUUAUGAAAUACUGUGUUUCCCCCCAAAUCUGCUUUGAUCUAAAUUGAGAAAAAGAACAACCUAGCUGUGUUUUAAGCUGGCAAUGUGUCCAUGGCCAAAGUCUGGAUCCAUCUCAAAGAUUCUCCCUCUAGCCUGCACACAAACACCUUAUGGAAACAUGUCAUCUGGUUCCAGCUGUAGCCUGACAGUUCCAAAAAACCAGCCCAUGGGCUGAGACUGGUCAGCUGUAGUGUGAUGCAAGCCCAGUGAAUUCCGCUCCCCUUCAUUUGACUGUUGAAAUGUUCCCCAUGAGAAACUCUGCAGCUCUGGUUUCAUUUCUGAUGUGCGUGGAAGGGGAAGCAUGGCUUUAAAAAGAGUGUAGAAUUCCUUUUUCAGGGCAACAGAGCCACGUUCCCUUCUGGUUAUUGUGUGUGGGUGAUCCCUUCGCCAACAAUAGAAAGCCUUGUUUGAGAGCCAAACAACGCUAUCGGUCAGGCAUGGCCAUUGCUGUGACCCAUUUAGCAUCUGGCAUAUUUAAAAGGGCCUUGCGUAGCGCCAUCCUCUCAGCCUUCUCCAGCUCAGGAGCUGCUGCCGGUGCCGAGAACUCAUGCGGAAAAUGUGUGCCAGGGGUCUGGGAAGGGGGGGAAUUGGUGGGGAGCUGCCUGCCGACUUCUCUCGGCGUACGGCAGAGGAAGCUGGCAGAGCCGAAGCUGAACUGAUCCAGCGUGUCAUUGUUCAAAGGCUGCGUUUGGGAGCGGUGGGUCACGGGAAGGUCCUUUUCCUAUUUAUAGCUUUAGUCUAAAAAGAACAUCUUGCCAACAAGCCCACAAAAGGCUCCUGUGGCAGCAAAAGAGCAGAUCAAAAUAUAAAACCCCAACGAAAACGUUUAGAACACCGAGUCCACUACAAAAUGGGAGGGAAAGAGGAAGCGAAUCAAGGUGAUUUUGAUAAAAUAAUAUUAGGAACAGCUGAUUUGACUGAAACCCUUAUGUGAGCAGGAAAGUAUGUAUCACCUUCCUGUGAUAUGAGCUAGUUAGAGGAGCCUCCCCAGGUAACUGUUCUUCAUCCUUAGGUCCCCAGGUGUUUUUGGACUACAGUUCCCAUUGUCCCCUGCUGGUUUAGGCAGGGGUCAGGGAUUAUGGGAGUUGUAGUCCAACAGCAUCUGGGGACUGAAGGUUGAAAAGUGCUGCCAGCAAGGGAAAGCGCUCAAAUCAAGGAGACUCAUCUUCACUGCCACCCAGCUUAGACAGUGACAGCAACAAGUGAAGUUCCUUUAGAGGUUUGACAUGGGAUCAGGCAUCCUGGACCCAAACAGCACAAUCCUGCACAUCUGAAUUGGAUGGUGGGAAAGGAUUAUCUCUCAUAAUACUAAGAACUUGUUAAAUGAAGCUAGAGUUGAAAGAUUCAGGGCAGUCAAAAAGAAAUUAUAUCUUCACCCGGUGCAUAGUCGAACUAUGGAAUUUGCUUUCACAAGAUGUUGUGAUGGCUGCUAACCUGGAUGGCUUUAAAAGAGGUUCCAGGUUUGUUUGUUUUUCAAACUUGGCCCUCCAGCUGUUUUUGGACUACAGUUCCCAUCAUCCCUGACCACUUGUCUUGCUAGCUAGGGAUGAUGGGAGUUGUAGUCCAGAAACAGCUGGAAACCCAAGUUUGAGAAGCCUUGACCAGUGAUGGCCAAACUUGGCCCUCUAGCUGUUUUGGGACUACAGCUCCCAUCAUCCCUAGCUAACAGGACCAGUGGUCAGUGAUGAUGGGAAUUGUAGUCCCAGAACAGCUGGAGGGCCAAGUUAGGCCAUCACUGGUUUAGACCAGUUCAUGGAGGAUAAAGCUAUCAGUGGCUACUGGCCGCAUUGGGUAUGUUCUGCCUCCAUUUUGGGAGGCAGCAUGCGCCUGAAUACCAGUUGCUGAGCACUACAAAUGAGGAGAGUGCUGUUGUACUCAAAUCCUGCUUGCAGACCAUGUGGGUAGCUGGUUGGCCUCUGUGAGAACAGAAUGCUAGACGAGAUGACCCCUCUUCUGCUCGUAUCUUUACUCAAAAGUAAGUCCUGCUGUGUUUAACAGGUCUUGUGGAUGUGUUUCAGGAUUUGAGCCCUUGUGUGACUGAGUUUGAUAUCCUUUACUAAGGUUCUGCAGAAGGAAGCAAAGGAUGGACAGGGGCCCCUUUAGCAAGAAGAAACAUUGCAGUUUCUCAUUUCUUGGAGGGUCCUGCCAGACCUCUCCUCUGGUUUAAUUUUACAGUUCAGAUCAAAGCUUUUCAACACAUGGUGAAACAGGAUAUGACAUUUGUGCAAGGAGCGUGCUUCUUGCAAAACUCCCAGCCUAUUUUGAAAGUGUUGCAACUGAUACAUGGUUUAAUAUAUGUUGAUUUUCAGUGUGUAUAUGACAAAACCUUUCACUGAAGCUGUUUUAAAAGCUGUUUUUGAAGCUAUUAUGAAACUACAGGCAAUACACACAAGGAAAAAGUAUAGUGGGAGCAAACCAAAGAUCCUGUAUUUUUUACUAUUAUAUUUAUAUCCCAACUUUCCUCCAAGGAGCUCAAAGUGGCAUAUAUGGGUUCUAACCCACUCCAUUUUAUCUUAACAACAACCCUGGGAUGUAGGUUAGCCUGAGAGACUGUGGCUGGCUGAAAGUCGUCCAGCAAGCUUCAUGGCUGAGUAGGGAUUUGAACCCAGGUGAAAGAGACAGAGCACUUUGUAGAAGAAUUAACAAAAGAUCCAAGGGUGCUUGCUUCUGGCAGCUGAUGCACUGUGGGGGCCCCUCCAAUUUUUUAAAUUUUUUUUUUUUGAGGGGGCUGGGACUCCUCAAUGUUCAGAGCACCCUGUGUGCGAUGUCAGGAAGUCAUGUUGGGGCCCCUCAAUCCUCUGGAGAAGGUGGCACCUCUGAAAGGAUCUAAUAUAGCUAGGACAACUGAGACACAAAAUGGUAGGUAAAGGGACCUCUGACCAUUAGGUCCAGUCGUGGACGACUCUGGGAUUGCGGCGCUCAUCUCACUUUAUUGGCCGAGGGAGCCAGCGUACAGCUUCUGGGUCAUGUGGCUUCUGGCGAACCAGAGCAGCACACGGAAACGCUGUUUACCUUCCCGCUGGAGCGGUACUUAUUUAUCUACUUACACUUUGACGUGCUUUCGAACUGCUAGGUUGGCAGGAGCAGGGACCGAGCAACGGGAGCUCACCCCGUCGCGGGGAUUCGAACCGCCGACCUUCUGAUCGGCAAGUCCUAGGCUCUGUGGUUUAACCCACAGCGCCACUGGAUAUGUAAAGUGGCACACCCAUGAGAAAUAUUUUGGGCAAACCAAUCCCAACCUCUGAUCAUGUGCUUUGGGUGUGCGGGUGGGUGUUAAGAUAAAGAGGAAAUUUCAUGAAGAUAGCCUUCUUUAUUCUUUGGCGAUCACUCGUAGCUGAGUAAGAUUGUCUUCCAUGAACACAGUCUUAACAGUGCGUCCGUAAGUGACUGUGGAGGCCAAUUCUGGAUCCACAUAUCCUUCCACAGUGGAGACAUAGGUUUCUGGGCAGGAUUUGAUUACGAUGAGGAUUUGCCAAAUGUGCCUUCCUCUUAGCUUGUUUCUCCCUUUCGUCCUGAGUUUGUGCUGCUUCAAAGCCUGUGACACCUUUGGUAGAGGCUGUUCUUCAGUUGGAGCCCUCACAGGCCAAUGUUUCCCAAUUAUCUGUGCUUAUACUGCAUUUUUAAAAAUAGAUUUGCCUUGAGAGCAUCUUUAAACCUCUUUUGCUGUCCACAAGUAUUUUGCUUUCCAUUCUUAAGUUGCUUUGGAAGACGAUAAUCAGGCAUCCGAACCACAUGACCAGUCCAACGAAGUUGAUGUACGAUGAAAAUGACUACAGAUGACAUCCAUCUGUAUGCCUUCUGAAUUUUCUGUUUGUUUGUUUUUUUAAAGCAUUUUUAAGUUGCGGGAAUUUGAGAAACAAAAACUUUAUGGUAUGUCUACUGGAUGUCACAAUUAUGUUGCCAAGUAAGCACUUUUGUGCUUUCUUUACUUACACCCUUCAGAAGUGUCUGGAACAGAUCACUGUCAGAAGUAGGAUGCGGGGCUGAGGCAGGUCAUUGACCUGACCCAGUCAAGAUGCCCUUUUUUGCGUCAACUUCCUUAUUUCCUCGUCUUCCUCAUUCACAUUGGAGCCCCAAAGUGUAAUCUCACAAACUGAUAGUGGUGCAAGUAAAAAGAAAACACUGUUGGGCAUGGGAAGGGCUGGGGCUCAGUGGUAGGCCAUCUGCUUCGUAUACAGAAGGCCCCACAUUCGAUCACUGACAAGUUGGGCUGGGAGAGCCCCCAGCCUGAAACCUUGGAGAUCUGCUGCCAGCCAGUGUAAACCAAUACUGAGCUAGAUGAAUCAAUAGUAUGACUUGAGAUAAGACAGUUUUGAUGCCUUGCGCCAUGGCGCAGGUUGAACAUUUGGUUGAAAAACACCUGGGCUUCAUUUUGGUUCAAGCAAGUUGCAAUGUAUACCUAUGCGCUUAAUUUAUUAUGGGGCCCUUGUUAAAUCCAGUAUACCUCAUGCAAAGCUGCAAGGAAAUAAGCUCUGCCUCUUUUCCACCACAGCGUGCAAUUCCCGGCAUGAGUCAUUGUGCGCACGGUUAAGGAGAUUCCUGCUCCGAUAGUUUUAAACUGUGUUUACUCAAGUCAUAACUAGAUGGGAGGAUAAAAUGCCUUGCUCGUACUAGCCAAGAUAGAAUGAUUUAUUUGUGUUUUAAAAGAUUUCUGGAGGAAGAAGCAGUUCUUUCCUGACCAAAGCAGGAGCUGUGCAUUUCCAACGAGGGCCAGUUGAAAUGUGGUUGGUGCUACAGCAGUGGCAAAGCCUGGGGCGGCCUUGACUGCAUGGCCGGAGUUAUUGUGAACAUGCCUACACAGCAAACCAAUGCUUGUGACUGUCUUGUCGGUUCUUGGAGCUGUUCCGUGCAGCCCAGCAGGAAAUCCUGAAGGCCGAGUUCAUAUAUUUAUCCUGGUGCAACAAUAUAUCCUCACAGAUUGAGGAGCAAGCAUGCUCUCUCCCCUCCACAAUGCAUGUCAUGUUGCAUAUUGUGCAGGUAUCCUCCUCCUUGGAUGAGCACCAUAUUCGCCUUCCUCCAUCCUGCGCAAAUGGGCAGAAACCUGAUGUGAUCAGCAUGGCAAAAGGGGGGGAGGUUCUGUCUGCUCUUUCAGCACACACACACUCCACUAUUUAUCUGAUGAAAAUAGGGAUGUCAAUAAUAAUAAUAAUAAUAAUAAUAAUACCCCACCCAUCUGACUGGGUUGCCCCAGCCACUCUAGGUGGCUUCCAACAUAUAUAAACACAUAAUCAAGCAUAAAGCAUUUUUUAAAAAAAGUUUCCUUAUAUAGGGCUGCCUUCAGGUGUCUUCUAAAGGUCAUAUAGUUACUUAUCUCCUUGGCUCAGUUGUUGCAUAACUUCACACCCUCCAACAUUUCUCUGAUGGAAAAUAGGAACGUCCUAAGGAAAAGUGAGACCUUCAAAUCAGAAACCAGGACAGCUUCUGUAAAUCUGGGACUGUCCCUGGAAAAUACAGAUACUUGGAGGGUGUGCCAGCAUAUAAGGGCUAUUGCCAUCUGAAUGCAUGUUUAAAUGAAGACUGAGUGCAUGUGAGGGUGGCAGGCCUAUUUCUUUAAAAGUGCAAAGUGGAGAGGUUGAGUUGAACGGUAGGGCGUCUGAUUCCAUGCAGAAGGUCCCAGAUUCAAUCCCUGGCCUCUCCAGGUAAGGCUAGGGAAAUACCCCAUCUGAAACCCUGGGGAUCCCCUGCCCGUCAGUGUAAGCAGUACUGAGCUAUGUAGUCCAAUGGACCGACUCUGUAUAAGGCAGCUUCCUAUGGCACUCUUGAUGGUGGUGUUGCAUCCUUCCCCUGCUCCAGAAGUCUCUCCCUCAGCUGCUUUUUAUUUAGUUAUAUUUGCUUCCACUAUUAGAGCCCUCUAGGAGAGAGAGAAAAUGUUCUUGGGAGGUAAACUGUAGGGGUGAGCUUGGUUGGUGGGUGGAGAGAUUUGGCAUUCCUUACCUGCUCACCUCUUUUGCUCUUUAAAUUGCACACCACCCCACACUUUACACUGGCUGACUCGCGUUUAAAGACAUGGAUCAGCCAACCCACAGGCCUUCCGCCUCCCUCCACCCCCUGCCCUCCGAAGACUAGCGUUUGCUUUCAUUUAUAUUGUGUAUGUUACAACGACUGCUGUGCUAAACAAUGCGCUCUGGAGAUAUUAACAUUGGAAGGCCUCUAAACAAACUGAGAAGGAGGCAGCAACAUCGCAAGCCGUCUUUUCUUGGCACAAAAGCAGACGAAGCAUCUCUGCAAAUAAAUGAUCCCUCUCAAGAUGCAGUAAAUCUGCGACUUCUGGCUAGGCUUCCCACCCCAUGCAGUCCACUCCUUCUUAGAUUUCCUAGCCAACCAGGGACCCUGGUUCAGUUUUUGCAUUUUUGAUGUAUCUGAAGGGCCGCAUGAAGAGAAGAGAAAUGCUGGGUCACAUCUUGCAGAGCGCUGUUGCUCCCAGGGCCUGCUUGCAGGCUUCCCAUAGGCAGCUAGUUGGCGAAAUAGCUGUCAGCUUUUCCCUUUUCUUGCAAGGGAUCCUAUUCGGAAUAAGGGAAUUUUCCUUUAAAAAGGGGGAAAGUUUACAGCUAUGGUUGGCCACUGUGAGAAAAGAUUAUUGGACUAGGUGGGGCUGAAUGACCCUUGUUUCCAGGGGUCCCCUAUUGCUGAACUGCAACUCCCAUCAGCCCCAGCUAGCAUGGCCACUGGGAGUUGUAGGGCAACAGCAUCUGGAGCGCACCAGGCUGGCUGCCAUUAUUUCCCCUUGUGAAAGUUACUAAGCAGUGAGGUGCCCAACAUGUUAGCAUUUGCCCAACUGCUUUAAGGGGCCCGGGGCUGAGAGAAGAUCUUGGUGAGGCAACUGCAGCAGCCUUGCCCCUUUUUGCUGCCUGCUCCCAACAGGCUCACUUGUGUGUGGUUGUUACCAAGGUGACACUUUGGGGAGAGAAACUUUUUGUGUGGGAGCAUAGAACAGGGCCUUUGCUGUACUGGCCCCCAGGAUGUGAAACUCCCGCUGCAGAUACAGCCACACACCCUGUUACCUGUUUCUAGACAUCAGGUUAAUAUUUCUUCCUUCAGGCCUAAGGCAGAUUUUAAGAUUUGGUUUCCUCUGCUGAUGGGUUGCUGUUUAACACUCUUACUGGAUUUAUGGUUUUUACUGCUGAGUAUUUCAAUAAACUAUUUGGGUGCUACUUUGAGUUUGGAGACUGGGUUAUAAAUUCCAUAAAUAAUCGUGACUAAUUAAGAACAACAAUGUGCUCUGGAAGUAUUGGCGUUUGAAGCACCCCAAGCAAGGAGCUAAAGAGGCAGCUGUGAUGCAGGCCACUCCCCGCCACUGACUGAAAAAGCAGAUAAAACAUACUGCCUUGAGGAACAGGUCAUGUCUUGCCUUUCCAUUAGCUGAAGAGAUGCUUUUGAAGAAGUGCCUUUUUUCUUGCUCUUCAAUCAUCAGGCUUGCUUCCAAUAGAGGUGUUGGUUUUCAAACUCUCCCAGGGAAACCAGAGUUUCUCAGCUGGGAAGCUAGCCAGACAAACUUCUCCAAACUAAGACUGAUCUUUCUCUACAAUAUAGAGCCAGAAGGGAGUAUGAAGAGUAUGUAACACUGAAAUCUCCAGCCAGAAAGCAAUACGGUAUAGAGUAAGGCAUAGAAUCAUAGACUUGUAUAGUUGGAAGGGACCCCAAGGGUUAUUUAGUCCAACCCCCUGCAAAUGCAGGAAUCUCAGCUGAAGCAUCAGUCCACACUGGGGAAAGGAAGCCCUAAGCCCUGACCUAACCAGAGCUAUGCAUAAACUGAAUGUGCGGCCCAGGACAUGUUCAAGAAUCUUCCUCAGGCGCUGUGUGACUUAAGAUUCCUCAGCAAAGAGGCUAGUGUUAAAAAAAAAAUCACCUGCAGGCAGAAAAUUUGGAAACUAUUGCAAUGUACUCUCACAUUUAUGCCAAGAUUCUAGCAAAUUUCAGUUGCACCUUCUGGUCUUAGGUACUUGUUUUUGUUUUGUCUGGUCUUGUUUUGUUUGCUUGCUUGCACUGAAACAUUAGAUCUUAAGUUUGGAAGCGAGUGAAAAAUCGUUCUUGAAAUACUAAGUACAGUACGGGCUAUUUUAAGUGCUUCUGUCCAGAAAAAGCACAGAAGCCUCAUGGAGCUCAUUAUGUGCACCGACCGUAGCAUAUACCUCAGUAUGCUCCAGUUUAUCACACAUUUUUACUUAAUUUUGAGUGCGUGCGCAUGCGCGCACACACACAUAUCAAUUAGUGUACCGUUUGUAAAGUAGCAGGCUCCUACAAUAUUAUAUUAAGAAUAGGAGGAUGAUAACAGUCCAUAAUGCACUUGUGAAGAAAUGCCACCUUUCGAGUUAUUUUAUUCUGUUUCAUUUCUCCCCACCUUAUAUAGCUGGCCGCCAAAGCUGUAUUGUGGCCAAACCCAUCACAAUAUUACAUACCGAGGCAAAUUAAAACAAGUGUAAUCAAGGCAAUGCAUCUAGAAGGGACUAAUGACUGAAAAUUUGGCGAUGGCCAUUCAGACAAGUCAAUUGUGCUUCCAGUUUAACAAAUUGAGGCUGCAAACCUGUACACACUUAUCCUAGAAAUUAACCCCACUGAACAUUAUGUCCAGGGACUUGCUUCCUUCCUUCUGAAUUGUGUUGUAAGAACUACAAAAUCUUUAUUAAUCUAGCAUCUUCUACAGCCAGCUCUGCAACCUUAUAAGUAAACUUCCUGCAUUAAAAACAAAUCACCUUAUGAUUAGAUGGGAGAGCUUUGCUUCUUGUCUGAAAAGCUCCCUGCUAGAGAUUUUGUACACAUGACGGUGUGGAAUGUAAAGUGGUAGAUCUUCACCCAUCCCUUUGCCGCAUGGUUAUAAAAUCCUACUAAGAUUUUAAACCAGCUGUUAUUUGUUUCGGCUUGCCAGCAAAGACGGAAACCUUUCUCUCCAGGAUUUCCCGGACAGGAAGCAAUAAUAUGCCUAAAGAGGCAGAGAUUUCCUUACAAGGUGGAUAGCAUACAAAGGAGUUUAGAUUAGUCGCCAGCAGUUGAGCUGAAUUACUGUGGAGCUGCUGACUCGUAGAAGAGAGGAUCAUUCUUAAUCAUGGCUCUCUUGUUUUCGUGAGAACCAUGAUAAGCGGUGCUUGCAUAACCUUUGAAGAUGGCCUUGCUUUGGGUUGUAUUCUGGCAAGGCCAUCUUCAUGGACAGAUGCAAUACUGCAGCCCUAUUCUUUGAGAAUAUCCCACAGAAUAUUAUGUGGUUUGUGUCCAGAGAAAUGUGAACACAGCUUAGCCAAUGAAACAGUGCCAGAAUUUGUCAACAAGGCUUUGGAGCAGGUGAGAUCUUCUCAACUCCAGGCAGUCUUGGCUUCAGAAUGCUUUGGGGACAAAAAUUGACUUGGUCACCCUGGUGGGUGACAUAGAGCAGGGUGGGAAGUGCAGUGUUGUUAGUCAAAAGCUAAUCUUUUGAGGUAGAUUACAAAAAUUUAAGCUGAUGUAGCUGGUGAGUCACACAGACAUCUGCCUUGUUGGCCAAGCCUGGGGGUAGGGUGCAGGUUCUGGAAAUAUUUAUUGGCCCUCUUGAUGUAUUCAAAAGAUACUGCGAAUGCAGAGUUCAACAGGCCUAACAAGGUCCUAUAUUUAUUCCUUUUCAUUGGGAAAAGUGGUGAUCGUUAACCCCUGCCUGAGCCAUUUAUCAUCCUUCAGGAGCAACUAAGGAAAGUUGGAAGAAAGGUUUCACAAUCUGUCUCCUGAACUGGGUAGAUUCUGGUUGGGCUGUUAUGAGAACGCACUCCCUUUGGGGGUGAAACCAUAGUUCAGUGGUAGCACAGCACAUGCUUUGUUUGUCAAAUUCAACCUCUGGCAUCUCCUGUUAAAAGAAUCAGGUAGUAUAUGAUGUGAAAUACCUCUGCCAGAGACCCUAGGGUUCCCUAGGGAAUGGGGAACCAGGUACCCUCCAGAUGGGAUUGUAACUCCCCUCAUCCUUGACCAUUGGCCAUGCUGGCUGGGACAGAUGGAAGCUGGAGUCCAGUACCACCUGGAAGUUCCCCAUCCCUUCCUUCAAGAGACAUUUGCAUGAGAGUAAACAGUAUUGGUGUAGAUCAAUGUGUCCUAAACUUGGGCCUCCAGCUGUUUUCAGACUAUAAUUUCCAUCAUUCCUGACCACUCACCUUGCUUGCUAGGGAUUAUGGGAGUUGUAGUUCAAAAACAGCUGGAGACCCAAGUUUGGGAACACUGGUGUAGAUGACCAAAUGGUCUGAUCUAGUAUAAGGCAUCUUCCUAUGUUCCCAGCAUGGUGAUCAAGUUAUGAGGGUCACUUCCACCAAGAUAAUGAGGACCUUUAGACUGGAGCCAUAUCCUCAUCUCAUGGAGACCUUGUCUAUUAUCACUGAUCCCAGACAGCUAGGCACAGCUUCUAAGGUGCCAUUCUUUCUUUAGAAGAUGCAAGUCUUUUAACAGAUACUGUGGUUUUUUUCAAUAGGUGAUUCAGGUCUUUGUAAUCUAGUAGGCUGACAAUGGGCAACAUUAUCACUUUUGAUGAAUGCAUGCUUCCUUGGUGUGCGAAUGAGCCAACUCAAACACCACAGAUAGGAGAACUUCAAACAGUUUUGCAAAUACUUCAGGCGGAGUAGCCCUUCUUCACACAUGUGAAUAAGCACACUAAGCUCUGCCACCUCCACCACACCUGGCAGCCAUCCCCAUUGCCUUUCACAAGCUGGAGGGUGAACUGCACAGUUUAGACCUCUAGAUUCUAAAGCACACAGAGAGCCUCUGUAAGUGCAGGAAAUUCUGAACUGCAUAGAUUUGCUCUGCAACUUAUGGAAGAUGGGGUGGAGACCUAGCACUCUUGCUGUUCCCUCUCAUGUGUUUAAUCAACACAUAAGCAGAAUGCUUGCAUAGGGUCACAUGCGCACCAUACAUUUAAAACACAUGGGUACCACUUUAACAGUCAUGGCUUCCCCCAGAGAAUCUUGGGAACUGUAGUUUAGCUCUUGCAAUGCUAAAAUUCCCAGCACCUUUGACAAACUACAGUUCCCAGGAUUCUUUGGGGGAAGCCAUGUGCUUUAAAUGUGCAGUGUGGAUAUGGCUUGAGCUCCUGUUUUUCAGUAGAACCUAUUCAGUGCAUUGUAAGACAUCAAGGGCAGUGUAAUAAGUAAGGAGAAAGCUCUCUUUGAUAUGGACGGCACCAACAUUAACGAACUUUCCGUGACAGCUGAAGAUGCACUUAUUGGGUCAGGGCUUUGCUGUUAUUGCUGUGGAUCCUUUUUGUUAAUUAUGAUUUUAGAUCUACUGGGACGGCUGUUAACGGAGUGUGAAAACUAAUCUUGUAAACAAUAAAAAAAGUAAUGCAUGGAUACAUGAUGUGUAACUCAGUGCAAGGGACAAGCCCACUUCAGACAUUAUAGCACUCGGUAAUAAAUAAUAAUAAUAUUUUUUAUUUAUACCCCACCCUUCCCGGUUCAGAAAACCAGGCUCAGGGCGGCUAACAACAAAUUUAAAACACUUAUUUGUAAUACAGCAUAGAAGCAGCAUAAAAUACAGUAUGAAAGCAUGAAUAACAAUAAAAUUCAAAGUUCAAAAAUCAAUUUGGGGGAAAUCCAUCCAAUAGGCAUUAGAUAGUCACCAGGGCUAGCUGGCUGAAUUAGUCCUACUUUGGCCAGCGAGGAGGCCAGGGGAGAAUUAGCUGUGGGGUCUCAGAGUGGGUAAUCUUCAUAAAGGGGAGGGGGAAGGAAGAGAAGGGAAAUAAAAGGCUGAAUUCAAAUUAAAGGCCAGGCAGAAUAGCUCUGUCUUACAGGCCUGGCAGAAGGAGCUUAAAUCCUGAAGGGCCCUAGUCUCAUGGGACAGAGCAUUCCACCAGGUCAGAGCCGUCACUGAAAAGGCCCUGGACCUGGUGGAGGAUAGUCUGACUUCCUUAGGGCCCAGGACCUCUAAACGAUGGUUAUUCAUGUACCUUAAGGUCCUCUGCGGGGCAUACCAGGAGAAGUGUUCAGAUGUUGCAAGACUGAAAUGUCAUUUUCAUAGCUCCAUGACGGGGUUGUUUGUCUUCUAGGCAACAGAGAUUUUGCGAAAAACGAUCCUCUGGAAUUCAAGUCCCAUCAAUGGUUUGGCGCAUCGGUGAGAUCGAAAGAUGACAAAAUUUUGGUAAGCCUUCAUUUUCAGUGUUUAUUGCAUGCCGUUAUCAUCAUAUCUAUUUACGAGUCAAUCAAUCAAAUUGAUUGAAUAUCAAUUAACAUCUUUGUACACCACCCACUCAUAAGAGAGUAGAAUCAGCAAGCUCAGGGUAACUCCAAUGUACAAAAAAAAUCAGCAGAAUUGUUUGGAGGAGAGGACAGAAUCCACUCAAACUGUCCCAUGGGAUGUUGAGAGACUGAGGGGAGGCAGCCUUUUAAUUAAGUAGGUGGGAGAAGAUAGUGUCUGACAGGUCACUCCCUGAUUCAAAUGGAGAAGAUGUCCAUAGACAUCAAUAGAGAAAUUAAAGAACUGGGGGACCAGGGGACCCAAAUAGCCCAACAGAGACUUGGGAUGCUCAGUGGGCCUAAAAAAGGCAGACUCACUAUUUGAUUGUGGUGGUGGAAAGCAGGGUGUUCUCAGAGAGAUGGCAUGGAGUAGCUGGAGCCCUCAACAGAAGCACUCCAUGCUGCAGCAUUUUGUUGUCGUGCCGCAUCUGUAUAUACUAACAGUGAUUUCUGUGAGUGUCCGUUCUUACACAGCCAAAACAGCACCAUUCACACAUAAAGAGGGCAACAUCAACAGGUUUGGAGGAAUUCAAAGGCCCCAACAUAGGUUGCAUUUUUCGGCUAUGUUACAGCACAGAGACAGUCGAUGUGCCCUCCAGAUGUUGCUAGACUCCAGAUCCCAGUAUCCCUAACCAUUGACGGUGGUGUCUUGGGCUGAUGGGAGUUGGAGUCCAACAAUAUAUGUAGGGUACCAUAGUUUGACAGACCUUUGGGCACUCCCUGGCCUUUAGAUAGAUAGAGUUCCUCCAGCUGCCCAGCACCUUACUGCACAGUCCGUGAGCACCCAUUCCUUCAGGUGUUUGCUUGGAUCAUUUGAGCACCUCCAUGCAGCAGUUGUUUAACUGAGCUACAGGCUGAGGCAGAUGCUGACACAGCCUUGGUGCUUGGGUGGUGCCAGGAAAUUAAUGGCUAGGGCACCCUGAAAGUUAGCUGACGUGAGGAAGUUUUUGCUUGCGUCGUUUCUUUUCCUUCCCUUCUUGUUAUUUUUUUGCGAAACUUCAGCCAAAUCACUUUGCGAAGCACCUCAUUUACCUUCACCAGACUGAGUGACUUUGCUUAAGCUGCAGACAAGGCAGACGUUCCCCUCUCUAUGGCUGGCUAAGGCAAGCAUCAUUUGUUCCCUUUUCGAAAGCAUUUCCCCCCCACUGAUUCUCAGCAUCUCACUGCACUGCGUAUAAUGGUGGACUUUUAAAAAGAGCUUUCUAAAUGCUGCCAUUUUGCUUCCCCCGCAGGCGUGUGCCCCAUUGUACCACUGGAGAACAGAACAGAAAGCAGAGAGGGAACCUGUGGGAACAUGUUAUCUUCAUGACGGGUCCAAAGCUUUUGAAUACGCUCCCUGCAGGUCAAGUAUGUGGAGAAUGUCUUGCUAUUGUAAUUACAGCCCUGAAUCUAUUUUCUGUGUGCUGUCGUAUUAUAAGCACAACUUUAAGGUGUGUGGAAGAAACACACCCACACCCUCAUCUUUGCAACAGUGAUUUAAGGCGGGCAUCCCCAGCCUUUUGGGGCCCAAGGGGAAUAUAUAGAAAUCUAAGAAACUCUUGCAGUCACCACAAAAUGAAAAACUGGCGAUGAUCAGAACCCUUCUUCCACAAAAUAACAGGAAAAACAUCUAGACACAUUCCAAAACAAAUACAACACAAAAGCAAAGAAAGCAGGCUACCCCCUCCCCAAAUACAUAACCAACCAACAAAAAAAAAAGUUUUAAAAAAAAAGCUCAUUGGGGGGGGGAAAUCAGAGGGGCAGGAAGCCUUGGCAGGCACUUGGGAAGGGGGUAUCUAACAAAUGGUGUCACAUUGGUGGUUCUAGAACUAGGGUGCGUGGUCAUACAAAAACAAAACCUGCGAGAUGAUAGGAUCCUCUGCAGAUCAAUUGAAUGCUCAAUCUGGUUCCAAAUUUCACAGCACAUAGAAAUUUCAUAGGGAUCUGAAGAUAGAAGUGGAAAUAUGAUGACAGCAAUGAUCUGUUCAUUUUCAAUGCAGAGUCACUGCAAUGGGACUGUGCCAAACAACUGGGAAGGCUAAGGGCCAAAUGACGUGUGACAUUAUAUGCGUGGUUUGGCACUGUAUCUUUUUUAAAACAAACAAACUGUAAAUGGCAGGCUCUGUUGAAGGCUAGUCAUGACCUUGGUGUGUACGGAAAAGAACAAACCACAGGGGUACUAGGACCACUCCUCCACCCUCAAAAAAAACCCCAUUUUUUUGGCAAGGUAGGAAAGUUUUUACAAUCAGGAGAAUAAAUGUUUAGGUGCUUUCUUGCAAAAUAAUAAUAGCAAGCCCCUUUCCUAUGUAACAACUAGCAGGUCUUAGAAAAGGUUACUGGUCUGUAUGUACAAUAUGUGUUGUUUUUUACACGAGGAAGCACCCUGCAAUAUGUUCCAGUAACAGAUACAUCAUGCAGAGCUGCUGAUCAUGUAGCUUGGCUCUAACAGCUGGGAUGUAAGCUGCAUCCUGUUUGGGCAGAACCAUCUACUACAGCCCCUGUGACUUUCCAGGACACAAAAGGUUAUUAUUCCAGCUAAGCUGGAACACCAAACUUGGAUAUCCAGCCAUUUUUGUUAAAAAAAGGGGGGGGGGAACCCAGUAGGUCCAAAUUACUUCCGAACUAGAACAGACGCAUUUAGUGCAUCCCCAGUGGUGAUCAAAAUUAACCCUCCACCCCUGUGUGCACAUGCAUACAAUCUAUUUAAACAGCAAGAGCCCAGAGAGGGAGAGUGCAUUCCAGAGUCAUUCCCAGGAUCAAAGGGGCACGGAAUGCCCUAAGUGAAAUGUGCACUCUGUUAUACACUGCAGUACCGAUAAGAGACUGUUAGCAUUUCUGUUAUAAAGCUCUGUAUUCAGAGGGAUUAACCACAUCAUAAGAAAGCCUCCUUGGGCUGUCUCGUGGCAUGCGAGGGAUUAGCUCUGGAAUUCCCUUUCUUUUCCUGUUUUAAAGGCAGGCGACAUCUCAAAGCUGUUUGUAGGUUGCUGAUCUGUAAAUAGAGAAGAAAAGCAGCAUAUACUCGCCAUGCUAGAUUUCGUACUUAACGUGUUCAGAAACAGGCAGAGCCCUUUGGAUCGAUUGUGUUGGCCUUAACAAUAGGGAGGGGGGUAUUCUGUUCUGACCAGCGUAGGUCAGGCCUGCACAGAUUAUGAGACCCAAAGCCAAAUGAACCAUAUCAGCAGACCAGAGGCCCACUAAACCUCUUUGUGCUGCCUGGCUGGACUGAGUCUUAAAAGGGGGUGGGGUGGGGAAUGGCUAAGCCACAAUGGCAGGCCACAAGACACAUAGCUCGGUUGCAUCUGGGGUGACUGGGCAGAGCUCCCCUUCUGAUACUGGUGCUCACUGCAGGGGAUUGGAUGGUCCUCAGGGUCCCUUCCAACGCUACAGUUCUAUGGGUCUGGGAUGGAGCUGCCACUUUGGGUUGAGCAAAAUACAGGACAGGUCAGGCAAAAUAAAGUACGCAUCAGGGUGGGGAUUGGGGGGCACACACACUUUCAUGACACCAAAUCCUCCCCCCCCCUUUGUGGAGUGGGGGUUCCCUGCAUUCUGCCUCCUGACUCCAUCACCACCCAGGCUCCAUUCUUCCCCUUGACUCACAUAGACAGGCAGGGCCAUUGGGGGUAGACGGCCAGCUCUCAGGGUGACUUGAGCCACAGCUCGAGCCUCUCGCCCAUGAGUGGGGAGGAGGAGAAGAGAGGUCAGGGUGGUGGAGGGGGCCAAGCGGCAACAGACCCACACUAUGUGAGACCAGUGGGCAGUGGCUGAGGAGGAGCACCAGUGAGAGAGAAGGAAGGAGGGGCAAGGGAGGCAGAGGAGGUCCCUCCUUCCCCUUCUCUCUAUUGUCGCUCAGGAGGACACUCAGGAGAACCUCUCAGACCUGCAUGCUUGCUCGGCUACUGCACAACAUCCCUGCAGUACUUCCAGCUAGGUCUCAAGAUACGGUACUUGCUGCCACCAAAAAUAAGCCAGAGCACUGUGGCUCUAAAAACUGGACUAAUCCUAGCCUAGCCAUUAAAGAUAAUACUUCUAGUCUACAUAUGAGUAGGCAGUGAGAAUGUUCAGCUUUCUGGUGCUGGUGGAGCCCACCUGCAAGGGCAGCUCAGCUUUUUAAAGGCUCUCUUUUUCGAGGAAAUGACCUCUGACUCUUUCUGGCCAAUGGGGAGCCAGCACCAGUUCACCAGGUAGGGCAUCUCCCAGGUAAGCAUCUUAAGUACCUUUUUUUCCCCAUUUGAAGAGAACAAGAGGAAGUUAUGUGGCAGCUUGGCUUAGAGCAGUGGUUGUUCCUCCAGAUCAAGGUCUUUCUUGACACUAUUAUGCACAGGGAUUUGUGUUAAACAUCUUCACCAUCUAUUGUUUCCCAUUUCUCUUGUUCUCACAGCAAGCAUUGACGCUGAAGGACAGGGCUUUUGUCAAGGUGGAUUCAGCAUUGACUUUACUCAGGUAGGGAAGCUAUAACUGUAUGUCUUCCUUUUUUUCAGUACCUGACAGCAAAGGAGAAAGAGUCUGUAGAAAUCAAUUCUAUAAAGGCAUAUCUGUCAGAUCAGCUUUUCAAGGGGCUUCUUACACUUCGCUCCUGUUGGCUUAGAUUUAUACAUCUGGAUGUAGCCUGCUAGACAGAAAUCAUUUAUUCAGCUCAGGAUUUCAAAGAGCAUGUGAGCAAAUCAGGGAAGAAUAGGAAUUAAUAAGAAGGAGAUGCUAUCUCUCCUACUGGGUUAAUUCUGCUACAGAAUAUAACAAUGUAUUUAAGAAUUUCCAUUUGCCUUUGUCUUUUAACAACACUAAUUAGUCUGAAAAUCAGAAUAUAUAUACUGGUCUCUGUCAUUAUUUCACUGUGCAACAACAGGUGCAGAUUCUUAAAGCAGGGAUAGGGGAACUAUGGCAUUUCAGGUGUUGCUAAACUACAACUCCCAUCGUUCCCAACCAUUGGCCAUGCUGAUGGGAGUUGGGAGUCCCAACGACAAUUGAAAAACCACAGUUUCUCCAUCUCUGACUUAAAGAACCAAACCUCCACAUGCAGAAGCAGUAUAUCUGAUUACCAGAUAAUGGAGGGAAAAAAGAAACAAACAGGAAUGGUUUAUGCUAUCAGCCCCAGCCAGCACGGCCAAUGGUCAGGGAUGAUGGGAAGUUGUAGUUCUCAACAUCCGGAGUGCAUUGGGUUGGAUAGCGAUUUAAAGUUUUGAAGGGCACUGAAUACAAUUACCUGGUUUGAAUAUAGCGCUAAACCAUAGUUUAGUGUUACAGGAACGAGCCUGCUGGAACCUUAAGGUUCAACAGGACGCACCCGUUUCCUAGUUUAAACUAGCCACAGUUUCUCAAUAUGUCCAAACUAGGAACUGCAGUUAGGUUAAUUUUUUUGUACUAAAUCAUGUUUAUGGUUUGCAUUCAGAGGGGGAUGGGGAGAAGAUUGCUUGAAGUAUGGAAUGUUAAAGUAGUUGUGAGGGAGUGUAGAAUAGCAGUUGGUGGGAAUCUGAGCAGUCUGUCUUCCACCAGGCCGAAAAGGUCCCUGUCCCCUGCCUUAGACGUUACAAGAAAAUAAACUUACAUAUUUUUUUGCCCAGCCUUACUUUUUCCUUCCACUCUUACCCCAGGGAGAUAGAGUACUUCUUGGAGGACCUGGAAGUUUUUACUGGCAAGGUGAGACACAGCUGUUAAAAAGCUGACCAUUCUAUUUAAUCUUCUGCUGUCCUCUUAAGGACACUAGCAAAAUAAACCAUAUGCAACAAGUUUCCUUUCUGGCAAGGUUAAUUGAAGAGGGGACGAUUUUGAGUGGAGAAGUGGUGACUUUCACCGUCUGCUGUUUCUCUGCUUCAGACUGUCCCUCCCAGCUGCGUUUCCCAUUGCAGGUUUCCUGACCCUCGCAAGACUUUACCUUUGCCAGGGGCAAAACUAGGCUUUAUUUCACCCAGGUCAAAGACCCAAUAUGGCACCCCACACACAAGCAUUUGCGUACACACAGAGAGAGGUCGGCAGCCUCAGUGACCCCCCUCUGGAGGCUUCACCUAGGGCAAAAAACCCAGCUUGCCCCCCGUAGCUACGGCACUGCCUUUGCAAGCAUGUAUUUGGAAUCCUGUGAGGAUGAAAAGCAGCUGUGGGGCGUUUGGAGUAAUAGAAGGGGAAAAGGCCAAGCAUCUCCCCUGACUGUGUUUCUGCUCAAAUCCUAAAGUGGCUUUUUCUGGAAUGGAGCAGGGUGGAUUCCAUUGGGGUUUAGUUAUACAUAUUUGCAUGUAAUGUGUAGUGUAGUGUAAUGUAAUGUAAUGUAAUGUAAUGUAAUGUCUCAGUUCUUCAUGUAGUUGAUGAAUUAAAUGCCUGCCUAUGAAAGCUUAUGCUGCAAUAAAUAAAUUGGGGUUUGAUUGGACUAAGUUGUUACUUGUUAGAAAUGAGUUCUGCUCACUCAGUGGGUCUCCCCUCCUCCUUACCCCACAACCCUGGAAUCUGCUUCAGGGGAUUGGGAGGAACCCCCAGAACAGGUUUAGGGGGAGCAGAAGAGGCAAACUCCCGUCAUGUGAGUACACCUCAUUCCCCGUGUGCAUAACCCCCUUUGUGCUAUGUUGAAUUCCACCCUCCCUCUUCAAAGCACCACAAGAUUCUUUGUAUUUUUUAAAUGCAACAGAUUAACGUGCCUAUCAUUAUAGAAUCUUUCUCCUCAGUAACUCUCAAUUUAAUAAAGAAGUUGUUUCAAGUUGCUUAUUUUUAAUCCCAGCUCCUUGCUUCCAUUUGUCUUUUUCUAAUGUGAACUAGGAGACUGCAAGUAUCGUCUAAUAGCUCCGUCUGUGUUUUUAUGUCCCCUCUUCUACUUGGUACCCAACAGGCCAGCUCAUUUCUGAUAAAGUGGCUGAGAUUGUGUCAAAAUACAACCCUAAAGUCUACACUACCAAGUAUGACAGCCAGUUAGCAACGCGGUCGGCCAAUGCUGCUUUCGAUGACAGCUACUUGGGUAGGUUACUUGAGAGUAAAACACUGGUAAAAAUUGUGUUCCUUGUAAGACUGAGUCUGAGGUUCUUCAUUCCUCCCUCCCCAUCCAGUGAUAUUAGUGAAAGCUAGUGCUAAGCAGGUGCCAAAAUGCCCUUGUGAAUGACCCAUAAUGCUAAGCAAUUGUUUAAGCCAUGGUUUGUAAAGCAAACCACGAGUUAAUGAUGAACUGUGCCACAGAUGAUCAUCUAAACCAUGGCUUGUUUCUCCAAAGUUUGUUUUGCUUUCUAGCUGCUCUUACCUCACAUGUUGGUGGUUUGGUGAGUUUCUAGGGCAGAGCUUUCCAAACUUUUCAUAUUGGUGACACACUUUUUGACAUGCAUCAUUUUGCAACACAGUUUUACUAGCAAACCAGAGGUUAAACUCACCCCUUUCCAGCCCCGGAAGGAGCGCGGGGAGUGUUCACACAACACACCUACACCCUGCAACCAACACAUUGAUGUGUCGCGACACACAGUUUGGAAAGCUUUGUUCUUUGUUUUCAACCUUUUUGAGUCCAUGGCUCCCUAAACCAACUACAUUCUUUCUGCAGCACCCCCAAAGGGCUCACCCCUCAGUUAUGUCACCCCUUGCCUGCAAAGCUGGCAGCCUCUCUGUCCCUGGUCUCUGAACCGCCAACACCUCCUUCCGCCUCCCCAUCAAGCAAAAGUAGGAGAAUCAGAUUAGCUAAUUAGGAUGGCUAAAACAUAAGCAGCCAGAUCGACAGACCUGAAUAGAUGCAGGGAAAACUGCCUCUUGAUAUUUAUUUAAGUUGUAAUAGGUCAUGUGCAUUGAUAAGUCAUGAUUACCCCUUUCAUGUUUGACAGGUUAUUCAGUAGCUGUGGGAGAUUUCAGCCAUGAUGGCAUAGAAGGUAUGGCUUAUUAACUUUUGCUCCCUCUUUGAUAAGAUUUUGCUUGCCCCGGCUCCAUUAUUGUUUGCUAACAUCUCACCUCUCAUCCCUGUUUUGCGAGUCUUUGGUAAAUUUUAAGCACUCUUUAGUAGGGACUGUGGGGCUUCUGCAUAGCUCCUAGCUUACCACUGGACCUAGUUAAGGCUACAGUCUUGUAGCUCAUUGCUAGAGGAAAAAGUCAAGAGUCCUUACCUAUGUGCAACUAUUGGCAGAAUGGCGGCCUAAAUGGAAAAUGUUUCUGAAGGUCAUUGACUACUAUCCAUAUUGGUCAUGUCAUCUUUCUUAUUUUCAGAUUUUGUCUCUGGGGUCCCAAGAGCAGCAAGAACUUUGGGCAUGGUAAGGAACUUACAUAAUAUACUUUUCAGUGCUGGUAUUAUCCCAGCAACUUCUAAAAUAUUGUGCAGUGCAGAUGUUAAGUUCUAUCUUUUUCAUGCAGGUGUCUGUUUAUAAUGGAGACACCAUGGCGUCCAUGUAUAACUUUACUGGAGAGCAGGUAUGGUUUUCUCUGCAAUGUUUUGAUUUAUAUUAUCUAUCAUUCGUUAGUGGAAUCUAGGUGUUAUAAAUUCACAAAGUAACCUCCAGCAAAUCAGAGAAUGUCGAUUUGGGAGUUGUUUUAAGAACAGGGAAACAUAACCACAAGCAAUCUACCCCUGAUCACAUCAGUUCAAACUGGCAGCAUAUAUGGUUGUGGACCAAGUGUGCCUGAAAUCAACGAGAUUAUUUUGAAAUAAAGAGCUGCUCUUUGGUUAGAGAAAUCCUCUUUCUUGAUUAAUUUGGGGGGGGGGGCAUCUUUUAACUUAAAGGAACCACAUGGCAGUUGUGGGCGGAGCCAGAGGCAAAAGUGGGAGGAGUAAUCCAAAGCCUUUAAAGAAUGCAUGGCAAGGGACCUUUUUUAAACAUUUUUUUAAAAAACCUUUAUUAUAAGAACGAAAUAAUAUUCUAAAAUAACAUAUACAGUACAGCUAAGCACAUCCCAGAUGCAAGUGAGGACAAGCAAGGGAGCUUUUAGUGAGGGGGCAGUCACUAAUUCUGAAAUAUCUUUACUGAAGUAUUUACAUAAAAUGCAACAUUUUCCUGUUUAAUCUUAUCUCCCAGAUGGCUGCAUAUUUUGGAUAUUCUGUAGCUGCCACAGAUAUCAAUGGGGAUGAGUAAGUGAUGCUUUUUUCAUUCUUCCUGGAAAGAAUUGCUUGCCUAAAAAAAAAAAAAAUCUUAUUUAGGAUAAAAAUAGAAGAUUUGCAAAGAGUAAUUGAAAGCCAGUGACGCACACAGAGUUUCUUCUGCUGGCUUGUUCUGCUGGGGUCCCUGCAUGCAUCUUAUCUGGAGUGCUUGGUAUAUAAAUCUCUAAACAUUUCAUGCAUGGCUUAAUUGUCCUGUGAAGACAUUAUACAUAGUACAGCUAGGAAUCCCUCGAGAGUGGCGUGCUUGUAAUUCUAGAGGUUCCUAGACACAGAUCUUGCCUCAUCAUCCCUUUCUCCCAUGCAACUCCCUCAGUUCUUUAUCUCACUUCUUCCUUUAUUUUCCCUUUCCUCCCCUUUCAUUCCUUGUGUUAGGUACAUCUGACAGAUGCCCUUUUGAGAAUGAAUGACACCGCUCGUUUUGUGGGAUAGAUUAGCUGAUUUUCUUUUAAAUCAUACUGUGUGAUGACACAUUUAAAUGUCUUCGGGCAUUCUAAUUGCUCUUGGUGUCUUUGGGCAGAAAAUUUUGGGUUAUAUCCAUGGUUACUCAUACUCGGAGCAGAUCCCCUGAAAUUAAUGGACAUGGUUAACUUAGGCCCAGUAAUUUAAACAAGUCUACUCUGAGGUGAAAGCUACACACAUAUAAAAAACACUUUGAUUUUUUUAAAAAAAAAUGUUUUGAAAAAUAUAUUGAAUUUGACAUAGCUCACCAUCACCACCUAGUGUCACAUUUGUAUAAUGCACUUUACAACACACUUAGAAUGUUUUGUUUGCAGCUGUAUAGCUGAGUCCUAAGUAGAAUUUAGUUGGCUACAACCCGUUAGCUACGCUGCAUACAUGGUGAAGCUUUUCUGCCUCCCCAUCCUGCAGAAAAGUGAGCCCUCCAGAACGCCAUUACAGAAAAACACUACAGGCUGUCACUGGAGGGAAACUGACAAAGCCCACACACCCCUUAACUGUGUGGGUGAAUGGGUUCUGUGCAUGCACACAGGACUGUUGGAAUCUUCACUUUUAUAAAUUCUUAAGCCAAAGGAACAAAACUAAAAGCAUACAGUGGGAAUGAUCCACUCAGCAUUAGACACCUGCAAUUUUCAUAGUUUUCAAACCACCAAACCUUUGAACCUUAAAGGUACUUCACUUGGCUAGACUGCAGCUGUCGGUGAAGUGAAGAAUGUUUCUAGACAGGUGUUUAUUGUAGGACUGGGGUUCCUCAUGCAGGCACAUAUGUUUCAGGAUCCACAUUACAUUGUUGCUAUCAAAAUGCCAGCCCAUAUUUCUUUCCCUUUUAAUCUGGAUUUAAGAACAUAAAAAUAGUCUUCUAGAUCAGGCCAAUGGCCCAUCUAGUUCAGCAUCUGGUUCUCACAGUGGCCAACCAGGUGCUUGAACAGAACAUGGGAAGAACAUGAGCACAAUGGCACUCGUGGGAGAAAAUAUAAUAAGCUGAAGAAACCUUUUUGCCAGUGACCCUUUUUUUUUAAAAAAAAAUAAUUUUUAUUAACAGACCAAUCAAAUCAAAUCACAUUAACUCCAAAUUACAAAGCCAAAUUUUAAAUUUUUGUUGGGGGUACCCAUAUUUCAAGUUCCGAAAGGGAUCCAAUCAUCUUGUUGCUGCUGCUUUGAUGUCCACAAAUCUGUCCAAAUGAUGUUCACAAUUCUAUCCAAUCCUUUCUUGUUGUUUUCCACAUCUCUUCUUGUUGUUUUCAUAUAUUUUUCCUUUUUCUUUGUGACCUCUGAUAGUCUCCACAAGCGAGUUGAAACCAAUUGUAGUCCUGUGUGGGUUUUUCCAUUCAUCCGAGGGUCAUAUUUAGACGGCUGCCGCUUUGCCAGUGACCCAUUUGUGAUAUCUCUCUGACCAGGUUGCAGUCAUAUGGAAGCACCUUAAACGUAGGGAUUUUUGCCGUGACUGAAAUACUUGAUCUCUUCCCCUCUCUCUUUUUCUUCAGUUACACAGAUCUACUCAUAGGAGCCCCACUCUUUAUGGAUCGUGGUUCUGACGGCAAACUUCUUGAAGUGGGACAAGUUUCUGUUUAUCUCCAACAAGCCUCUGGAGGCUUUCAGAGUCAGGCUAUGAAGCUGAACGGCUUCGAGGUUUUUGCAAGGUUCAGCAGUUCAAUUGCACCUUUGGGAGAUCUUGAUCAGGACGGCUUCAAUGGUAAAGCGUUGGGUCACUGGGAGGAAUUCAAUAUUACACUGUUUUGAUCAUUCUGUCAACACAAGCGUAUCUAGGAGCCAGUGUGGUGUAGUGGUUAAGAGCGGUAGUCUCGUAAUCUGGGGAACCGGGUUCGCUUCCUCACUCCUCCACAUGCAGCUGCUGGGUGACCUUGGGCUAGUCACACUUCUCUGAAGUCUCUCAGCCCCACUCACCUCACAGAGUGUUUGUUGUGGGGGAGGAAGCGAAAGGAGAAUGUUAGCCGCUUUGAAACUCCUUCGGGUAGUGAUAAAGUGGGAUAUCAAAUCCAAACUCUUCUUCUUCUUCUACUUGUCAGAUAGAACAAUUUUCCCUCUCCUCCCCCCUACAAAUGUUUUCUGGUGGGUUCUCCUGACCCUACAGAGUGGAUUUGGGGAAGGAGUGGGCAAGCCUAUACAGAAACUUCCUCCCCACUCCAAGCCCUCUAACCUUUAAUUUUCAGACCUACAGCAGAAAGCCUUUGCACUUCAAAUACAAUUUAUUUUGGAGCAUUAUUGUGUUUCUGGGCAGAGAUCCCUGCACGCUGAGCCUUUUGGGGAGGUUCAAACACUCAUUGACUCAGAGGUAUUUGCCUCAUAUUGCUGAGUCCAUCUCAGUCAACCUCAUGGUGCAAAACUGAAUAGGCAGGGAAAAAUCCACGGAUCUGAACAGAAUACAAAGCCUCCAACUCAGUGGAGGCUAGUCCAUUAGGGACGCUGGUGGCACUGUGGUCUAAAACACUGAGCCUCUUGGGCUUGGUGAUUGGAAGGUCAACGAUUCAAAUCCACAUGAUGGAGUGAGCUCCUGUUGCUCUGUCCCAGCUCCUGCCAACCUAGCAGUUCGAAAGCACACCAGUGCAAGUAGAUAAAUAGGUACCGUUGGGGCAGAAAGGUAAACGGCAUUUCUGUGCACUCUGGUUUCCGUCACGGUAUCCUGUUGUGCCAGAAGCGGUUUAGUCAUGCUGGCCACAUGACCCAGAAAGCUGUCUGUGGAUAAAUACCAGCUCCCUCGGCUUGAAAGCGAGAUGAGUGCUGCAGCCCCAUAGUCGCCUUUGGCUGGACUUAACCUUCCAGGGGUCCUUUACCAAGGGAACCUUUUAGUCCAUUAGGACAAGUGGAGCACUGUUGCACUAACCUGAGUCUGACCUUAUUCACCACGUUCCAGACUUCCUCCUUACAACCAGCUCAGGGAUGGAACAGUCACCUUCCUCGUCCUUAGUCUCCGUGCUGCUUUUGUAGAACUCAACAGAGAGAGGGAUGGGGGCGAAACUGGAAUUAGUCGGCUCUGUGUGUUAUUGGUUCAGGCUCCGCCUAUCAUUGGUGGCCCUGCCUUUUGCCAAUGGGCAUCAACCAGCAAUACUCCCCCUGAUUCAUAUGUGUUACUGCAGAAUCAUUGGGAUUAUAUAUUUUGAUUCCUUUCUAUUCGGGUAUGCUAAAGAUUCCUUGUUAUGGCUUGUAGACAUCGCAGUUGCUGCCCCUUAUGGUGGAGAAGACAAGAAAGGGCUGGUUUACAUCUACAAUGGGAGAGCUACAGGUUUGAAUGGGAUGCCAUCUCAGGUCCUUGAAGGACAAUGGGCCUCUGAGACAAUGCCACCAAGCUUUGGCUACUCACUGAAAGGAGCUACCGACGUGGACAAAAAUGGCUACCCAGGUGAUCUUUCAUAAUAGCAAUGCCGGUUCCUGUAUCUUGUAAACUAAUCCAACAUUUAUUUCACAGGGAGGAGCCCAAUUCAGAACCGUGUAAGAAAAAGAGAUUUCAUGAGGUUUUGAUCUUUACUAGGGAUCAAUAGAUUCUCUCAGUUCUACUCUGUUAGCAUCCUGACAUUGUGAUAUCCCUUGGAUUCUACACCAUUUGUAUUCUGGAAUGAAUUUCAGAUUUCAGAAUAUCUGCUAUUUCAGAAUAUUGGCAAAAUCCCCCACCAUUUGUUCUCCUGUGGAAAUAUAGUGGAAUUAAAAAAAUAAAAUAAAAAAACAACAUCACUUUAAAAAAGUUUUAUAUAUAUAAACACCCUACAAACCUUAGCACUUCCACAAUUGAACAAAGAAAAAUAAUAAUUUCAGGAAUAUUUGGCGGAAGGAGGAAGAGUUUCUUUUCAUUUUUCUAUUUGCUUUUGAUAUAUUUGUGACUGGAUAUAGGCAGGAAAAAGAGCAAAAAUUCUCUGUUCAACCAGCUUGCAAAAUUCGAAAGACAUAUCUUAGAAGAAUAAUGGAUAUCAACCUUUUGAGUUUGUGUAAACAUGUCUGGCAAAGCAGCUCCUUAAAAUCUAAGACAGAAUUCAGCAGAUUUAGGUUCCAUAAGCAUCCCCAAUCUUUACCCUUUUGCAUCCACGUUAAAAUGUUUACCUACUUGCUCUUUCAGCAAAAGCACUUGUUCCUAAUUCAUGUACUGGAGACCUGUAAUAAUCAGGUCAGAGAAUUGUGUAACAUUCAAAAAAAAAGUCUCAAAUCUAAAAACAAUAUUAUUUUAUUCUAUUUCCAGACUUGAUUGUAGGUGCUUUUGGUGCUGACAAAGUUGCCUUAUACAGGUAAGUGCUCAAAAUUAAGUCAGAGCAGAAAAACCCAAUGAUAUUUGCAUUUUGCUGAGGAGCAAAGUUUGCUUCACUGUUAGAGGCGUUGCCUUUUUCUAGCGUCAUGGUCUCCACAGGAAUAUCAGAAUGAGGAAUGGUUCCCUCCUUGCUCAAUGGCGUGCAAGCAAGGGGCACAAUGUUCUGUUAUCUGGGUGUUCUGUUAUUUCCUCCAUGUUGGACACAGCUACCUCCUUGCAUGUUAACCUCUGGCCAGCAGCUGAGCUUAGCAGCAGCUACCAUCCUGGGGUUUAGUCAUAAGAACUAGGCUGCAAUCACAAAGCUGGGUUUAAGCAGCAGCAGCGUGAAUGGUUUGCAAUCAGCCGGUUUGCAAUCAUAAUCCCUGAUCCAUAGAACUGAGUGGACAUUCUGCCUGUAGGUCUCCAGUGACCUUCACCAGUGGGGGAGCUCUCCCACCAUGAAGGCCCCACUGCAGCAUUGGAAAGCGCAGCAGCAGAGGAAACACCACCGCCAAGGGGGUUCAAACUGAGAGUAGCUACUAUAAGGUCACUACUACAGUAGUGGGGCAGUGCAGUCUGACCAGUCUGUUCCCUGCAGAAUGGCCCAGUUAGGACCCCAGGCUGAUGCAAAUGUAGCAGAUAAAAUCCACCAGCCCCAGUUAGGACAGGUCUACUCAGAGGUAGGCCCCACUGACCCUAAAGAAGAGGACAAGGUGGUUCUUUCAUGCAGUAAUCCUGUUUUGCUUACCACUUGGUUCUUUUCAAAGGGCACGGCCAGUCAUUACAGUAAAUGCUGGACUAGAAGUCACUCCAACCAUUCUAAAUCCGGAAGACAAAUCCUGUGAACUGAAUGAAAAUGGCCAGAAAGUUUCAUGGUAAGAUGACUCGUUUGUAUUUUGAAAUGGAAUCUCAAAAUGGAUUGGGAGCCUCUUCAGUCAAUCAAAGGAGGCCAUGAGAGACAAGGGGCAAAGGGAACGUGUUUCCCCACACUUCCUGGCCUUAUGCAAGGGAGCAAAGGACACAAUUUCCUCCUUGGUGAGGUCCAUAGCCUGUGGAUGCUCCAAAGAAGCAAGCAUAUAUACAAAUCCUUCCUUGCUGUUUAAAAAAUGGUCAAAGGCUCUUUCCAGGUGGGAAACUUAAGUGGAUUCAUUGUGUAAUGUUAUACGGUCCCAUCUGAAGCAUGAACAGCUUUGCAAACGUGUCCUAUUCUAAGCCCUUUCCAGAAGCAGGAAGAGCCUAUCAACAGAACUAGCUAAAUGGAAGGGUGGAAAUCUGUUCACCCCAUUGGGAGAAUGUGCUCUAGCCGUCCCCGCCUCCAUGGACAAGUCCUGUAAGGAUGUGGAAAGGAAGUGAGUUGCUUGUGUCUUGCCAACUCUUUUGAAUGGCCAACAUAGUUCUUGCACUCCUCCAAGUGCAAUUUUAUGGGAGACUCCAUUUUGCCUUUAAAAGAGUGAGGACCAACCUUACCAUUAGGUGGGUGAGGCAUACCAGUAAUGGGCAGCAGCAAUGAGGUGUUGAGGAACAUAGCUGUGUGUGCUACACAGCCUGCCCUGCAUACACACACAUAUACACACACACACCCAGGCUAGCCUGCUGCCUUCAGAUGUGGUGCUGAAAUAUUAAACUGGCAAUUCAGUUGGCCUAAGUACAUAGAAUUUGGGGAGUUUUUGCCUCAGGCAGCAAAAAGUCUUGGACCAGCCCUAAUAAGAGCUCAGUUAUAACAGUAAAAUCUUACCAAAAUAGAUAAACUAAGCUCUUAAGAAAGUAUAUUUAAUAACCGGGACCUGAAGGAAGCAGUGGAGGGAACUUUUUAAAGUUUCUUUAAACCCAACAACACUGACCAAGAAAUCUGCACGUGCAACUAGAUCUUAUUAACAGUCAUGAAAGGGUAGGUCUGGAAGCCACUACUGCACUUCUGCUGAUCAAUAGAUGUAGCUUGAUCUUCAGGUACAAAAUGUGUUUUGUUUUUAAAUGUUCUCUAAUUUUCCCCAACAGUUUUAAAGUAAAGUUCUGCUUAAAAGCGGAUGGCAAAGGAAGUCUUCCCAGGGACCUCAGUAAGUUCCUCAGUAGAUUUACUUACCAUACACUUCGGUUCUCCUCAUAUUGUCAACAGAUGUUCAGUGGCAAUAAUUUAAAUUGUCAAACUUCUUUGGCUGUUCAAAGCCCCACUGGUAUCAGACAUGUGCAAAACCCGUGCCCCUUUUAAAUCUUCUGGCUCAGACUUCACACCAUUGUUCUUCUCAAUGUAUGGGAGGCAACUUUGUGGUGGUCUGCUAGCUGGAAAAAUCUCUUUCUCUGAGGAAUCAGUCAGAGAACCCUGGAAAAUGGGCCUAUCUGGACUCAAAUAUGGGGUUCCCUGAGUGGUAUCAGGGAGCACAGCUGUAAGUUACUGGCUGGCAAAGUUGUGAACAUUGUGUUUCCAAAAAAACCCAAACCAUAGUCCUUUCUGUUGAGGAUAAUUCAGACUGAAAUUCCCAGGUGUCAAAAAAUGUUAUUUAUGUAUGCUACUACUGCGGCCCAUGUUUUGUUAGCCCCAAAAUGGAAAAUGAGCGAGGUCCCAACCAAAGAAGAAUGGCAACUUAAGUUGACAGAAUAUGCACAACCUGCAGACCUAACAUAUGGCAUAAGAGAACAAGAAGAACAUAUGCUUAGAGAGGAUUGGAAAACGUUUAUUGAAUAUAUGGGAAAUAAUUGAAAAUGCUGGCAGCAUUAAGAUAAAUUCAACAGUGUAAGAAAGUUUUGAUGGCUGCAAUAAUGGAAUACUGAAUAGGGCUGCAAUAAUGGAAUACUGAAGGGAAGUCAUUGAUAUCUUAAGGAUGUAAGAUGAGUAUUUUAAAUUGUAAAACAGAAAAUUUAAUAAAAAUUAUAUAAAAAACCAAACCGUUCCUCUGCAGAGGAAAAACUAUUUGCAUUUAGAAAAAGCUAGCAUGUUGGGAUAAGGCUAGGCUAGAAUGUACCACCUCGUAUGUGUGAGAACAAGGCCUAGCAGCAGCCACUAAGGAAUUGUGACACUAAUAGGAGACAUGCUGGGAAGUUAAGAGACAGGAAUGGAACAUCCCCACUGAGCAACAGUUAAUCUGGGAGACCUGAGGCAGCAGUGGAAACAGAGAGCAACGCGAGUCAGUGCCAUGCAGGCAAAUAGUUGCUGACUAGCUAGCAGAACUGGGUAGAGGUACGGGCGCUGAUGUUAGCAGCCUGUCCUGGCAGUCUUAGUCAGCAGCCCCAUUCCUGUAUGGUCCUGAUUCUCUCAGCCACUGCUCAGCCACAGCAUCUCUUCCAGCUCAGCAUCCUGCCUUACCAGCGGCUGCUGCAGUAAGGCACAGUAAGACGUGAGCAUUGCUUGACUAAAAUGCCUUUUCCUUUGGCGGCAGAUUUCCAUGUGGAGCUGCUGUUGGACAAGCUGAAGCAAAAAGGUGCCAUCAGGAGGGCGCUGUUUCUCCACAACAGGCAACCGGUCCACUCAAAGAACAUGACUGUCCCCAAAGGGGGUCGAAUGAGCUGUGAAGAACUUCAGGCAUUUUUAAGGGUAAGAGUCAUACAAGGCCGCAACCUACCCUCCUCCUGCCUUCUUGCUAUAUGUAGGGUUAACGUUAUUGAUGUCCGGAAUUGGGGAGAGCCCUGUCUGGAGUGCCAGGACUCGAACCUGGAACCUUCUGCGUGCAAAGCAGAUGCUCUUCCUCAUGGCUACAGCCCUUCUCUUUUCUCCAAAAGAAUUUACAAAUGGCUGCCUCUUAUUUGUUUGGUUGUUUUUUUUUAAUUCCAUCCACUGUUGUUUCCAUUAAAGCGGUAGGUAGCCACAAACCUUUGUAGUAAAUGUUUGAUUAAGUUCCAUUCCAGUAUAAUCGUGCAGUUUUCGUUUUCUAAAAGCACCUCCAUUUUUGUUCUCCCUUAGGACGACUCCGAAUUUAGAGACAAGCUCACUCCAAUCACCAUAUUCAUGGAAUAUCAGCUAGAUUACAAAACGGCUAUGGACUCUACUGGCUUGCAGCCCAUCCUCAACCAGUUCACUCCUGCAAACGUUAGCAGACAGGUACAGCACUGAGAGAUUUAAUGGCAAAACGUACUUUUGAAUCGGCAAGUUCUCCUCAAGUUAAUUCUCACAAGCACAAGUUACUUUGUUCCUCGGAUGUGGCAUUGCAGUGAAGUUUGAAAUUCAAUCUCCACAACACAGAAGAAUGUGUUUUGUAACAGUUCCUCUCUGUCAUUUGCCCUUUUCAGUGCCAGAUAGCAGGUGUACGCUGUUCAAAAAGCAAGGAAGCUGCAAAUUUGCCCUUUGCUAUUCCCUCUUACUACAUAGGGAAAGAGUUUCACAUUAAUAGUGCUAACUUUCCCACGUAGGGUAAAAGCAUGGAGUAUAUAAUGCAUACAUAUUCUGAUAGUCUGAACAAUUCAAAUAUCAUAUACCUAAUUAUUACUAUUAUUAUUUACAUAUUUAGGCUCAUAUUCUUCUGGACUGUGGUGAGGACAAUGUCUGUCGUCCGGACUUGCAAGUGGCCGUGGACAGGUACGAGUCUAACUCUUCUGCAAAAUGGACAAUUAGUAUAGUAAAGACAUUUGACCCAGUUCAGACGAUCUCACUAAGAUAUGUGCAAGCCUUUCUCCCACACGUGCAGCCCCAUUACUCCUUCUUUUCUGGUACAAGCAUUCAGGAAUCUUCUGAUUAACCAUGGUUUCCUGUUCCACAUGAACCAAGAAACUGUGGCUGCUAGUUUCAGGAAAAAGCUAAGACACUGAACCAACUUUAAACUGUGGCUCAAUAGCAUGGCUUGUUCUAAAGCCGGUAGCCAUGGUUUCAUGGUUUUGGCAAAAUGAGAAACUUUGAUUAAUUAGAGGUUCCUUGGUUUGAUUGCUUGUGCUGUGAAUGGCAGAGCAAAGGGACUGUGCACAUGGAUGGGCUCUUCCAUGUACAUAAAGAUGAUGUAAAAUUUGUUUCCCUUAUCUCACAUCUUCAUGAGUUACUGCUAAAUAAAGGGGUGGUUCUGUGUCAUUUUAUCCAGCAGAUGGCAGUGCUGUUUCUAUACUGUAUGUUUCGUGAGGCCUAGCUCUUUAUAAUUAGUUUACAUCUAGGCAGACCAGAUACAAUAGAUUUUUGUACCUUUGCCAAGCUGCACGUACCCGCAGUCCCUCUUCCGCGCAGCAAAAUACCCUCUUUAUGCCCUGCUUUUGAGUUCUGAGAAGACUAGAUGAUCCUCAAGAAUCUACAAUUCUGUGAUUCUCUGCUGUUUAGCUGGAAAUAGCACAAUACCAAGCCCUCUGCUAUAGCUGGUGGUUCAAUAGUUUUUGUACAGUUUUGCUAAUGUGUUGCAUGACCUUGGCAGUUUACAAAUGAAAUUGUUCCUGGGAGCACCUAGGAGAAGUAUUGCCACAGGCUCUUUCAAACGUUUAAUGUGCUGUAGUGGGUGGGGAGCCACAGCGGUGGGUGGGCAGGUUUCUGUAAUACUCUGGUGUUGAAGAAAUGUGCUUGAGUGGAAGAAACAUUUUCUGAAGGAUGGACCCCUUAGUUUGUGAUUUUUGUGCUUGGGCAUCACCUGUUUUUGAAAAGCACUCUGCUGAUCUAAUGAGUGCAAUGUCAGAGUGAUGCUAGUACCUCACUGGGCCUGAAGUCUCCAACAUGGCACCCUCAGACAGACUGCUUAGUACCCACCCAGCCCCCUUACAACCCUAUCUUUUAAUUAGUGGGGUUUUUGUUUUGUUUUUUUGAAAUUCUUUGGUCACAGGUGUCAGGUUUUUUUGUGGAAGGUGUGAGGCCUGUUUCGUUUUUGUUUUUUUUUAAAUAUUUUAUUAAGGAUUUUCUUGUUUUACAGAAGUGUAGUGCCUCGUAUUUUUUUUUCAUGUAACAUUUUUACAAAUCUGUUUCAUUUGUUGAGGCAUUAGGGGGAGAAGAAAAAAAGAAAGAAAAAAGAAAGGGGGGUGGAGAGAGGGAAGAUGGAUGGGGUGGGGUCGGGUGGCGGUGUUUCUAUUAUGUUUAAUGUAUGUAGAGUUUGGUGUCAGCGUUGCUUGUGUUGUUCACUUGUGUUCCUUUGGUGGUGAGAGAGGUUGGGGUUGGCCUAGGGUGUGAUUGUUUGCUUGUGAUUGGCUGUGGUGAUCUUUGUUUUCGUGUGUGAGUGAGGUGGGUGGGUGUUUUGGGUCAGGUUAGCCAUAUUGAUUUGUAUGCUGUUGGUGGAUUAUUGUCAUUGUCCUGUUGGGCUGUGUAUGAUGUCUAUUAUUGGUCCUAGGUCUCAGCUGGUGUGGAAGGCCGUGUUCAAGGACAGGCCAUCCCCCCUGUUGUUUGCGAUAGGGGGUGAUCAGUGAGACAGUGUGAAGUGACUUUGUAACGUCGCUGUCAGUUAUAAGGUUCAUAAGCAAUGUUGCCAAUGUUAUGAGCAACAUUGUUGGUGUGUUGGGGUGGGGAUGUGGGUGCUGGUACGCUCUGGUGCCACCAUAGUGCUGGUUGGGUAUCAGAUUUUAGCCUGAUUGUGGGUUGUGUUAUUAAGGUUGGAGGAGUUGUUUUCCCUAGUAUGGAGUAUGGGGGUGUUGAAGGUGUGGGUGAUGGGGAAUGUGGUUGAGGUCGUCUGGACUGGUGUUGGGGUGGGGAUUCCUGUGGGGGUGUGGGGCUGGGGGGGAUGUUGAUGGUGUUAACUAAAUCUAUGUUUUGGGGGGGGGAGAGGGGAGGGGGGGAAAUCACCAGUCCUUCAGUUUGUGGUUUUGUCCUGGUUGCUUCAUUCAGCUGGGGUUGUUGUUGUUGUAGGGUUGUCCAUCUGCGAUGAAUUGGUUUGGUUAAUCUUGGUCUGGUUUCUUGUGUCGUAUGGCCGGCGGGACGGUUCUGAGCAUGAUGCUUGCCUGUAUUGGUUUGCGUUGUUGUGCCGCUUCUGUUGUUUCUUUUUCUUCUGUACCGUUGUCCAGUUGUUUGCUGUUGUUUCCUCGUGGUUGGGGCUGUCACUUGGUGGGUUUGUCGGUUGCCAUUCCGGUGGGAGGUCGAGUUCAAGGUUCUUUAGUAUUUGCAGGGCCUCAGGUAUGUUGGUAGCCAUGUGUUGUGUUGUAUUGGUUGUUACAAUGAGGCGGAAGGGGAAGCCCCAUCGGUAUUUGAUCCCUGCUUGUUGGAGACGCUGGGUGCAUGGGCGCAGGCUUUUCCUCCGGUUUAGGGUAUCCUGAGAUAGGUCCUGUAAGGCCAGAAUGGGGGUUUCUCCAUAUCGAAGGUUGGUUGAGUUUUGAGGUGGUUCCAUACCUCUUCCUUCUUUUUGUAGCGUGUGAAGCAUACAAUGAUGUCUCUUGGGGGGGCGCUGGGUUUUGGCAUAGGUUUUAGGGCUCUGUGAGCCCUCUCCAAGUCAUCUGCCUCAAGUUUCAGGCUUGGGAUUGUGUUUUUCAGCCAGCGUAUAAUUAGGUCUGCUGGGCUUUUCUCCUCUGUUUUUUCAGGAAAGUUGCGGAAGCGGAUGUUACAACGUCUAUUGCGGUCUUCAAGGUCGGCUUGCUUAAUUUUCAUCUCUCUGUGUUCUGCUUCCAUUUGGUUUACCAGUUCGUCCAGUUUCUUGUUCACACGUGCGUUCUCCUCCCGGUAUUGCUCUAUUAUUCUUUCUUGCAUUUGGUUCUUGUUCUCUAGAGCUUCCACUUUGGAGGUUAGAUUGUUGAUUAGUACCUGCAUGGGAGCCAUUGUGGCCUUCAGUGUUUCUUCUAAUCGUGCUUCUAAUCUUGCUUCCAUUUCCCUCAGAUCUCGUUUCGUUAUUGGGUGGUCAUCAUCUUGAAGGGGAGUUACCAUCUUAGCAUUGUUUGCCAUCUCCCUGGUUGGUGUCAUCUCGGUCUCCCUGAUGGUUUUGGUUUGAGGUUGGCUUGGCGUCCUCUUGGGGUAGGGCGUGUGGUGGUUAGGAGUUGUGGCAGUGGUGAUUCCUGGGUAUUGUUGGGUUGCUGAGCUGAUCAGGCUUUGUUGGCUGGUGGCUUUUACAGAGCGUUUGGAUUAGGUGGUCAUUUGUGUCACUUCUAGCCUGUGUUUUAAGAACUUCUCUAGGGCUUUUGUAGAUGCCUCAGCGGUGCCGCCGAGGCGGGGGGGGGCAGGUAAGCAGAGAUGGGUAGACUAACGGACAGACAGUUCAUAUAAAGGGAGGGGGGUUAGCAGGUAGAGAUGCAAGAGAUUAGAGGGGUGGGGCCAGGGGAAAUAUGUGUUUAGGAGGGGGGUGUAUAUGCCCAAAAGGGGUAUUGGGGUCCAGUUAAGGUGGAAGUUGGGGUUGGGAGUGCGCUCAGAAACAGAGACAGACAAAUAGGCUAUAUGUAAAGGGUGGAGGGCGUCAAAAGGGAAGAAGAAGAAGCAAGAAAGAAGAAGGGGAGGCGGGGGAGAGGGGAGAUUGGAGUAAAAGAGAAGAGAGUGAGAGAGACAACAAGAGAGUUGAAAGAGAGAGGAGAGAUAGUACAGUAAUAUCAGCGGUAUUAGAAUGCAGCAGUAGUUUUAGCUAUAGUAUGAGGGGGGCAAAUUAUGAUAGGGUGAUAUGAAUGUGUGUAUGUGUUUCCUUUCGGGGCCGGGGGGGUUGGAGAGAGGGAGGAGGGAGAGAAAAGGAGAGGAGGAGGGGGAAGGGUGGGAAAAGGAAGGAGAAGAAAAGAGAGGGGGAGGGAGGGUGAGCUGCUGCAAUGGUAUGGGGGAAAGUCUUAUUUUAAAAGAGGGGUGGGGGAAAGGGCUCCCCUCUCAACAACAACCUGACGAACAGGCUAAACAGGGGGGGGUUGAUUUUAAAAAAUAAAAGGGAUAGAAAACAAAAUUGGGGAUGGAAAAUGAAAGGUGGGAUAAAAGGAAAAAAUGAGGAGGGGUGAAGAAAGAGGGGAGAGCAAAAAGGGAGAGAAAAAUAAAAAAGGGGGGCAAGUUGAGGGGGAGAGUAUCAAUAGCAAUAGCAGUGAUAUGGAGGAAAUUUUUGUUUUAAAAGAGAGUGGUGGUCGUAGCUGGGGCGAAAGAUUCCCCCUCAAGAACAAGCCAACAAAUAGAAAAGAAAGGGCUUUAAAAAGAGAAAGGGGGGGGAAUUGUAUGGUUGUUUUUUUUUAAAAAAAAAUAUUUUCCCCUAAUUAUUGUUAUUAUUUUUUGUUUGUAAAAAAGUAAUUAAAAAUGUACGGGUAAAAGAUAAAAAUGAGAAUUAAAGGUAAAAAAAAAGGGGGGUUGUCUUUAGAUAGAUAGAUAGAUAGAUAGAGCUUUUUAUUUUUAUUUUUAUUAAAAAAUGAGUAAAGUAUAGGUAAAAGAGGAUAGGUAAAAGAGAGUGGAAAGUCUGGGGCGAAGUGGCAGUCCCAGGAAAUGGCCUGUGAUGGUUCAGGGCUGUUUUCUGGGUACUGCCAUUUUAAUUCUUAAGAGGGGAGUUUGAGGUGGAAAUAAAAUGAGGUUUAAAUUGAGGGUGUGUGUGUGGAAAAGUGUGUCUUUAAAUAGUGUGUAGAAAAGAUAGAAAUAAAAAUAAAGAUUCAAAUAAAGGGUGGCUGCAGCAGCAGUGGCCCCUCUUUUAAAAAGAAAAGUGAUAAAAGUAGGUAUAUGGGGGGGGAUAAAAGAUAUUUUUUUUAAAAAAAAAAGGGGGCGGGAGGGGAGGGAGGGGUUAAAAAAAGGGGGUUAAAAAAAAAGAAAGGGGGGGAGGUAGUUUCUUCCUUUCUGUGAUCUCCUUUGUUAUGCGGCUUCUCUGUGUUUUCCUUGCCACUGGAGCUCCCGGUCGGGCUCAGCCACGUGUUUUUUUUCGGAGCCUUUUUUGCCUUCCCGUGCUCACCUACCUCUCCUCUGCUUUCCCGUCGGCAGAGAUGGGGGCAGCAGCGGUCAAUUUGGGGCUCCUUUUUCUUUCUUUCUUUUUCUUCCUCUCUCCCCCUUUCUUUCUCCCUCUUUGCGUUAGCUCCACUGUCCUCCUGGUUUUGGAGCUCCUCUCGGCUGUUGGGGGGGGUGGUCGGGUGCCUUUCCGGCUCAAUCUCAGUCGUGGGGGGGGGGGGUGUUUUGGCUCCUUUGAUAGACGCCCGGGCACCCCCGAUUCCUCUCCGCUGGCGGUGCUGGCGGCAGCAGUCCUGGGAGCCCGGGAGUCGGCCAGACAGAGCCUUUUACUCUGGCUGGCUUCAGGAGCUCUUUUCUGCUGUUGCAGCCGCCAUGCUGCCUCGCCGGAAGUCCACCUCACAUGGCUGUCCUGCUUGGCCACUGGCGGGCUUCCUCGCUCCCCCUCUUGGACCCUCUUUUUCCAGGCCUGUUUCGUUUUGCUAUGUUUUCGUUUUGAGCCAUUUUGCUAUGGGGGCAGGGUUUGUACAUCACCAGUUUUCUUCUGUGGAAUGGGCAUUUUGUGGUGCCUAUAGGUUUAUUAGUUUCCCAAAUAUGCCCACAGACUCAAGAAGGUUUUUUGUGGUGAGGGGCUGUGCUAGGCUAUGAUUUUAACACAGCUAUGGAAACACAUUGAUCUAGAGCAGUGGUUCCCAACCUUUUUGGGAGGUCAGCUCACAAGUCUAAAUGUAUUUGGCACAGUGACCCACUGAUUAUCACAUGGAUUUUGGACCUUAGACAUUUGGCAGCUGUUGGUUUCGUUUAUUUUAACUGCAAGUUUUUGUUUUUCUAUAACCAUUACUUGAGACAUCCAAGCAAAAAAUUACUUAAUAGCAUUUCUGUGGGAUUUGUUGAAAUUUUUAUAGUACGUUCAAAGUUAUUCAUAGUUUUGUUUGUGGGAAUGUAAGGACACCAAUCAUCUGAUUGCAGGAUAUUCAAUCACAAGCUAUAAAAAUGUAUUGCAGAAACAUACAGAUACACAAGCUGUGUCAGAUGUAAAAAAAAAGUAUGAGUGGUUUUAUUCACAACGAAGUCCAUCUUGGCAAGUAUCAGUGGGGUAGCUGAGCUUGCAUUUUGCUGAAGAGUAGAUCAAUGUGGGGUUUGAUGGUUGUCAGACAUAGUCUCAGAUCAUUAUUGAUACAUAGCUUGCUUCUGUAUUUCGUCUUCACAGCAGUCAUUGCUGAAAAGGCUGUCUCGCAAAGAUAUGUUCUAUCAAAUGGCAACAGCAUGGAGAUUGCUUCAUCAGCAAGCUCAGGGUACUUAGCAACAUGAAGCCAAAAUUCAGCUAACCUCAAUUUCCAAAAAUUAUCUUUGAGGGUCCCCACACACAACAGUUUGAUGGGUUGUUAUUUUGGAACAAAGGCAACUUCAUGGCAUCAGUUGCAAAGUGGUUUUGCACGUGUUCAGACUUCUGUUUCUAAGCAAACUUACCCUUUAACAAACCCUAGCAGCAGAUUCAAUCACUGUUCACCACAAGGUGCUCAUACAGGAAGGGUUUGGGUUUUUUAAAUGUGCUUGUGCAUAAGAUGCAAGCUGUAACAGUCAUACCAAACAAUUCCCGAGACCAUAUAACACCGGUCCUGAAAGAUCUUCAUUGGCUCCCAGUAUGCUUCCGAGCACAACUCAAAGUGUUGGUGCUGACCUUUAAAGCCCUAAACGGCCUCAGUCCUGUAUACCUGAAGGAGCGUCUCCACCCCCAUCAUCCAGCCCAGACACUGAGGUCCAGCUCCGAGGGCCUUCUCAGUAGUGGCACCUGCCCUGUGGAACGCCCUCCCAGCAGAUGUCAAGGCAGUAAGCCAAAGUCAAGGCAGUUGUCUUUUGAAUUUUACUUUCAAAAGACAACUGAAGGCGGCCCUGUUUAGGGAAGUUUUUAAUGUUUGAUGCUGUAUUGUUUUUAAUAUUCGGUUGGAAGCUGCCCAGAGUGGCUGGGGAAACCCUGCCAGAUGGGCGGGGUAUAAAUAAUAAAUUAUUAUUAUUAUUAUUAUUAUUAUUAUUAUUAUUAUUCCCUGUACAAGCACCUCACAGUGAGCUGUCACUGGAUCUGCUGCCAUCCUGCAGAGAGUGGCUCCCAAGUGUUAAAAUGUUGAGCCUUUCAGACAAAACAUUGUAAGAGAUAUUCAUCAGGCCAGUUAAGGAUUAAAAGCAAACAUUAUUUGGGGUUUAUUAUAAAGCCCACAAGCCACUUGCAGGUCACAACCCACAGGUUGAGAAACACUGAUCCAGAGGCCUCACUUUUGUUCCAUAUUGGUCUUGUGCAGUGAUCAGAAGCAGAUCUAUAUUGGGGAUGAGAAUCCUUUAACCCUGGUCGUCAAUGCCGAGAACCUAGGAGAGGGAGCCUAUGAAGCUGAACUCUUUGUUACCGUCCCACCUCAAGCAGACUUCAUUGGCAUAGUUCGCAACAAGGAGGUAAGUCUAGUGAGUACGCUGUGAGCAGAGUUUAUUGCAACUAGUUUGUGUUUAUUUAUUGCUGCCUUUAUAUCCCUUUCCUCCGGCUCCAGGUCGCAUACAUGAGUCUCCCUCUCCUCAUUUUAUUCUCACAACAACCCUGUGAGGUGGGUUAGCCUGGCCCAGGGUCACCCGGACAGCUUCAAGACUGAGCGGGGAUUUGAACCCUAGUUUCCCAGGUCCUAGUCCAACACUCUAACCACUAUACCAAACUGGCAGUGCAGUGGUGUAAAAUUAGACCUGUGCUAAGUGUCAAACCACAUACACAGUCUUCCUUUGUUUGUUGGAGUCUACUUGGGUUUUUGAUAUCACAUAUCUGGUUGCUGACAAAAGGAUGCCGUGGAACCAACGUUCUGCAGCCUGCCACCCUCCUCAGUGUGUUUUGGAUCACCACUGAGAGAGCUAAUGGGAGCCCAGCAAAACCUGGAAGGUACCAGUUUGGGGGAGUUUGCUAUGGAAGUUUACUGCUAUGGGUUUGCGUUAUGGUCUGCAGUCCUACCUACCAAUCCUGUGGUGGCAAGUCUGGUGCAGGAGACAGAUUGUUGUAUUUUGAAAUAAUCUGCGUACACAGGUCAAUUGUAGACCCACUAUGUGGCUCACUAUCUCUUGGUAUCAAUUGCUCAUCUCAAAAUAAAAAAUGACCGUAAAAUGAGAUCUUAGUUCAGUUGUGCUCUUAGCACAAAUGUGCAUGUUGCUUUCUGUUUGGGGAGGGAGAAGUAUGCAAGAAAAUAACAUCAGCUGCAUUGGUUGCUGAAAAUCCUUUCUACAUGAUGCUUAGCUCAUGUGGUUGCAUUUCAAACAAUUGAUGUGGGAAGCAGCAGUAUGAGUGGGCUACUCACAUGAUCAGAAGAUCUGUACAUUACAAAUGGGACAUGGAAUAAGACUACUAGGGAAACAGCUCUGGGCAACUACAGUGAGCUUUAGAGAAGACCAUUCAUUGAGCUUCAGGCUCCUAAGCAUGGAUUUGAACCUGGGUCUCCCACAUCCCAAACCAUAGUUCUGUCUACCAUGUCACACACUCUCAUCAAGUGCUAGUUCAGUGUAGCCCAAACUUUCACUUGGCGGGAGGUGGCUUUCUUGCCUCUGCAUCCCAGUUCCUUCAUGAUAGGCCUCAGUAAUUUCACAUUAUAAAUAUAAUCAUUUUCCUUCCUUCAAAAUGUCUACUUAGCAUUUAAAGUAAGGAAGCUGUUAGGCAAAGCUUAAACAUGCCACCUUUUUGUGGCUAUUUUGCUUCAUCCCUUUUAGUUGAUCAUAUGGUGCUGAUGAACAGUGUGGACCUGCCAGCUGGAAGAUAAAGCUGGAUGAUCCUCUCCUAAACCGGGAGAGAGGUGUCUUGUCUAGCAACAGGGAGCAGUCUGUGCAAAGCGAGCCAGGCUGCUAAGACAAAGCUAUUUCUGUUGAGGCGCUUAGAGCCACACAUUUUGGUAAUUAAAUUAAUUCAGGCUCAUGCUCUUACACCUUGGGAAAUGAACAGGGCGAUCCCAAGGGACUGGGAUAAGUGCCUUAGCUGUUGCUGUUUUGUCCCUAACAUGGCUGUACAACUCAAUAAAUGCACCAGAAAAAUUCUGCCACGUCAAACGUCAAAAUCCCCCCCCCCCAUGAUGCAUUCAGGAUUUACUUCAGAGUUGUUAGCAACUGACUGUAUUGGUAUCUUAAAGAAGAUUUAGGAGCCAAAGUUCUAGGUGAAGUUUUAAAAAAUUAAUGUUUUGGUAAUACAGUCAUACCUUGGAAGUCAAACGGAAUCCGUUCCGGAAGUCCACUCGACUUCUAAAACGUUCGAAAACCAAAGUGUGGCUUCUCAUUGGCUGCAGGAAGCUCCUGGAGCCAAUCGGAAGCCGUGGAAGCCCCAUCGGAUGUUCAAGUUCCAAAGAACGUUCGCAAACCGGAACACUCAUUUCCAGGUUUGUGGCUUUCAGGAGCCAAAACGUUCAACUUGCAAGGCAUUCAGGAUCUAAGGUACAACUGUACUAUUGCCUAAGUAAUGGAGCUGGCCUGCUAGAGUACUGAUGAAAUGUCGCUGCCUUAAACAAAGCAGCAUUGCCCAUUUGGAAGCCAUUUUGGUGUUGCAAACACAGUUCCGAACUUGGACCUGAGUUCUAUUUCCUCUUUAGUCAUAUGCACAAUGGAAAAAAAUAAUUCUUUCCCUCUCUUACAUCUAGAUGUGUGUGCUUAGAGAUUACAGCCUGAUAAUGGAUUAUUUUCUCUGGACUUGAAAAACACUAGUGAUCUUUGCACCACACUUGCCAGCGGAGAGACAGGUUCUGAACCCUAAAAUGUCAUGUUUGAUAGACCGCUCAUAACCAUUGGAAGUGCUAAAGAAUUCAGUGCAGACAAUAAAUAUCAUUAUAUGUCAGAAGGAGAACGUGCUUAGAGAAUGAUAAGUAUUGUGCUCUUCUCUGAAAACAGUCACCUUUGUUUCACUGCAGGAUUUGGCAAGGCUUUCAUGCGCAUUUAAAACUGAGAAUAAAACCCGGCUAGUUGUCUGCGACCUUGGGAAUCCAAUGAAAGCAGGAACAAAAGUAAGAAUUAACAAAAACUAAGGAGAACCCUAUGCCUACAGCAGCAGGGUUUGCUGGUUUGGGAGGCAGCCUCAUACUGACUGCCUUUUGGUUAAUUGGAUGAGCCACACAACGGGUUAAACCAACCUCUUUCCAACUGUCACAUGUGUUAAUCCUGUACAUCUUCUUUUGUGUUCAAGCUUUCAGCCGGCCUCCAUUUUAGUGUUCAUCAGGAAUCUGAGAUGGACACCUUUGUGAAGUUUGAUCUACAGAUUCGUAGGUAUGGGACACUUAGCACUGUGUACUCACCUAAUAACUGGGGCUGCUAUUGAAAUGGGGGGGGGACAGGCAGAAACAGAAUUAAAUUAUAAAUAAUAGUAAUAUUAUUGUCUGUAAGAAUAUUAAAUUGCAACAAUGUAAUUAUAUGGUCAUAUACACACACUCACACACACAUUUCCUAUUUAAUACUACCGACUUCCCUUUUUAGCCAUUUUCUUAAUUUAUUUAAAAGCAUGUAUGCGUAUCUCACAUGUUUCAGAAAUCUCCAAGCACCAUGCAGUCUAAAAAGAAACAAUCUAUCAUUAAAACAUUUUGCCCGUUAAUGUAAUAAAUGAAAUCUUGUUUGAGGAUCUUCGUGUACCUGUGGCCUUUUGCAUUUAAAAGGCCGCUGCCUCUCUUCCAGAAUCUAUUGUUUUAAAAACCUGCAAUCUAACAUCAGUCAGGACUGCAUUGCCAAUAUAUUACAUUUAACCGCAAAGACUGAGAUACUCAGCAUAUUAGUCAACAUACGCUGUAAAAGGAAUGUAUUGAUUUGUGCAUCUCCAAAAUGGGAUGUACAGAGUGAAUUGGAGAGAGAGAGAGAAAGAAAGAAAGAAAGAAAGUGUGUUUAUAUUGGAUUGCAUUCCUCUUUUAAAUGGCUGUCUUAAGACCAAUGAAAUUUAUGGCCAGAGAGAGCCUGACACAUUUUGUUACCUGAGGCAAAAAAUUCUAGAGGUUGGCUCCUAAAUUGACAGUUUGCUGCCCUUGAAAUACAGGGAUAGGAAAUCUUUGGCCCUCCUGAUAGUGUUGUACUCCCAUCAGCCCCAAACAGCAUCACCAGUGAUUGGAGAAGAUCAAAGUCGUAGCCCAUGGGUAGGCCAACUAAGGCCCGGGGGCCAGAUCUGGCCCAAUUGCCUUCUCAAUCUGGCCCGCAGACAGUCCAGGAAUCAGCAUGUUUUUACAUGAGUAGAAUGUGUCCUUUUAUUUAAAAUGCAUCUCUGGGUUAUUUGUGGGGCCUGCCUGGUGUUUUUACAUAAGCAGAAUGUGUCCUUUUAUUUAAAAUGCAUCUCUGGGUUAUUUGUGGGGCAUAGGAAUUCGUUCUUUUUCCCCAAAAAUACAGUCUGGCCCACCACAAGGUCUGAGGGACAGUGGACCGGCCCAUGGCUGAAAAAGGUUGCUGACCCCUGUCGUAGCCCAGCAAUGUCUGGAAGGCCACUAGCUUCCCACCUCUGAUUUAAAGGAUAAAGUUCUCAGAAAGCAGCCACUCUUCAGGCAUUGCAGGAAAAGCAACUCACUUGAAGUGGGCUACUGAACUGAACCGUGUGCUUUCAGCGCAUGCCGCUUGUAGGGUAGAACCUCCUUCCUUUUACCUUCAACAGCAGCACAUGACUUGACUCACUGUGCCAUUGCAUUGUUUCACAGCUCUAACAUGUACAACAACCUAAGCCCCGUGACAUCUUAUCAGGUGGACCUGGCCAUCUUAGCAGUUGUCGAAAUCAGAGGGUGAGUGAUGGCCUUGGUGCCAUUGUAGCUAGUGCCUCAUUUCCUUCAUUUCACAAUUACGUGGCUUAUGCUGCAUGCUCAUGGUGCCUGGUGGUUAUUGUGCACUCCUUGUGUAAUUUUAGGGUUUCUUCUCCGGAUCAUCUUUUUCUCCCAAUUCCUAAUUGGCAACCCAAGGAGAAUCCAGAAACGGAGGAUGACAUCGGGCCUCUGGUUCAACACAUCUAUGAGGUAAAUAUGUGCUCAAGGCUGUAACCAGAAGGCCAUGACUGCUGGAAUCAUGCCUUACCUCUUGCCAGAAUGGUAAACUAAUCAGAUGGCCUUGUGGGCUGCAAACCUGCAGAGUGAGGUUCACCAGACAUCUUAGUACUGUAUACAGUGAUGUCACACGUCAUGGUGUGUUCAUGCAUUUAUGGUACCAAGACCACCCUUCUACCCUCCUCUCCCCCCCAGAAACAGAACAGAAAGACUUAAGAGCAUGCCUGAAAAAUGUGUUACCUGCCAAGCCAAACACAACCCAUGAGUCACUGUACUGUAGCCUGCCAGGUGCUUCACAACCUUUGGGUGGUAUUUAACAUAACAAAUAUGCAUUACAAAAGUGUUAAACAAGGGCUUUUGGAGACCUGAGGAGUGGGGCAGGAUUUUCCAUUCUAACAUCUGUAGUGGCAGGUGGCCCAGUUCUGAACCAAUGUCACACAGCUUUGAGACAGGUAAGAGCAUUUGCCGUGGUCAACCCAAUGUUAUUGAACUGCAGCUUCUAUCAUCCCCAGCCAGCAUGAGCAGUGGUCAGGAAUGAGGGGAGUUGUAGUCCAACAACAUCUGGAUGGCCUUUAAAAUAGCAUAGGACUGCCUGGCCAAGCCCACAGACAAGUUGUUGGGGCAUAUGCCACAAUAGCCAUAGGAGGGGAUAGGAUUGUACUGCAAGAGUGAAAAUAGCAUCGUUCUUCGUGGUCAUUUGUUUCUCCUGCCUCUCACUAGCUCAGAAACAAUGGCCCGAGUGCUGUCAGCAAAGUGAUGCUCAAUCUUCAGUGGCCUUACAAGUAUAACAACAACACCCUGUUGUAUAUUAUGGAAUAUGAAAUUGAAGGCCCCAUGAACUGCACUUCUGAUAUGGAGAUUAACCCACUAAAAAUUAAGGUAAGUCGAAAGCAUCUUCAGAUUUUCCGUGUACUGAGGAAUCCAUCUGUCUUGAAUGUUUAAAGCAAUACAAAUCAUUGUUAAUGGUUAUAAUGCUAAAGAAUAUUCAACUUCAUUGUCAUCAAAAGGGGCAGUGGGGAAUCCAGUGGUUGUUCGCCUGUAUCUGCCCAAAUGCUUGGGCAAAGAGGUUCUUCUGUGCAAAUGUUGAGCCAAUUCGUUAGAGAAGAGAGGUACAGGGAGAAAUGAAGUGACCUUGGGAGGGUGAUGAUGCAAACAUACUCUCAUCUCGUCUGCUCAGCAGCAUAGACCUUCCCCACUAAUGAUCUGGUUGAAGUCACCUCACUCCCUAACCAGCCCAUCCCCUUGUGGGCUCACUUGACAACAGCAGUUCCCUGAAUGUGGACAGGGCAAGUGACCAUUUCAAAAUGGCCGUGGGCUUUUUGGUAUCUCGUUUAUCGCUCUCGAUUUCCAAUGUAUGCUGUUCACCCAUCUACAAAGUGUUUAGGAAUGUGUCACCAAUCCGUACCGAUAAUCGAACCCUUCUUGAUGCUGUAGAUGUCAACGCCUCACCAAGAUGAAAAGAAUGAAACAACGAAUGGAGGAGAUAGCCGCAGUCACAAUGUCAACCGGAGGGACCUAAGCGCAGCUGAGGGAGAUGUACAAACUUUGGUAACGUCUGUUUAUUGGUUUGUUUGAGAAAAGUUUGAGAAUCUUAGGUAUGCUUCAUGUGUCCCAAGGGAUUGCUCUGUAAAGCAAAUUCUGAUAUAGAUGCAUAGCCCUGAUUGACCAUGAUGGACAGAUUGGUUAGGGAAACCCUGAGAAAAGAGGUGAGCAAGCUGGUGGGAUGGUUGCCCAAACCUUUGGCAGCCUGCCUCUGUCUUUAGGUAAAGAUGCUGAGGCCCUACUGCCUCACUCACAGGAGAUCGAAACUGAUCAGAUGCUUUUUGAUGAGUAGAGACCUGCUAUAUGGUACCUAUGUAAUGCAAGACAUCCUGAUUAACACGAAACAUGCAACAUGGUGUAUUUGAACAUCUCUCGGUGUAGGGGUUGGAGAGGCUGAUUAAAUUACUGUCCAAAAUACUGGAGAACCCCUGCCAGUCAACACAGAUGGACAACUGAUCUGACUCAGUAUAAGGCAGUUCCUAUCACUGAAUCAAGAUUUGAUUUGGACUAGGGGAAGACUGUUAUGGGCAUACAUCAUAACAGGGGAGUGUGUGAAAAUGAGAGAGAAAAUGUUACAUAGCUCCCUUUGGAUAUUUAGCAAUGCAAGUUCCCUUUACCAGAGAUACCUGUGAACUACAGAUAAUUUUGCCUUGAUGAUGAUGAUGAUACUUUUAUUAUUUAUACCCCACCCAUCUGGCUGGGUUUCAGCAUAUAUUAAAACAUCAGGUGUAUGUUUCUAGGUGUGUAGUGAUGCCUCUAGGUGUAUAGUGGCAGGUGUGUUGGCUCAGCACUGUUUAAAUCUGCAAAUUACAUGGGGUUUUUAUCUAAAUUCCCUUUCUGAAGGAGCCCAGUGAAUUAAGCAGGGUUGCAGAAUCCAAAUCGCUGCAGACACCACUCUGCAACUUUGCACCUCUUCUUUUGCAGGCAUUGUUUUUGGUUUGGUUGUAAAUUGCACACCAGCUGCGGUUGCCACCAGGGGUUGCAAUAAGUGGUCAGCCAAGACUGUACCAGCUCUAGGAUUCAAAGCACUGUAAGGUUGGAAGGGAACCGACUCUGUGAAAGAUUCCUGAGGGCCAUUUUACAGUGACCUUAGCAUAUAUUGCUUGCUAGGUUACGUUUCUCAAAUUCAAAACCUCUUAGAGCCUGAGUAUUGCAAUUCUAGUUCCCUGGGAUGUUCCACUAGCAAUGCCUCUGAGAAAAAUCCUUAUACGGAAUGAUUUAUAAUCACUAGAACAACUGAUUCAGACUGAGCAUGCUAAGCUCAUUUGGAGUUCUCAGAAUAAGUGGGUGUAACUCAUUUAAAUGUAUGUAAAUACUUUGCAUGGUAUGAAUAAUCGUACACAUGACUUAGAUAACCCAGAGCCACAAAAUCCUAACAUGGGACACACACAAAUGGUGCACAUCUACAUCCUUUGCCACUGGCAUAUUCCCCCAUCCUCUCUGCAUUUGGGUGACAGCAAUGGCAAUUUGAAAUGCAACAUGCAUGCCUGCAGCUGCUGCUGCAAUGUUUUCCCCUUGAUCAGGAGGAAGAGGUUACAGCAUUACAUCAGCCACUGCAGGGUAGCAAAUAUUGGAUUUUAAUGGCCCUAGCGAGAGAUGAUUUAAUGCUGCAUGUUUAUUGCACUUCAGAUGCCUGUGAUAUACGAGGUGCAAACCUCUACAACUGAUUUGCCAGCUUGACAAAUAACUCAUUGUUCCAAGCCUUUCCAGGAAUGGUAAAGUCAAGGACAAUGGGAUUCUCAAAAUCAUGUGCUGAUGACUUACCUUUGUACCUUGUGGUUUCACAGUUCAAGGGUGCUGCCUCCUGUGUCCAAAAGGAGCUUUAUUAUUGUAGGUAUGAUGAAAAGGAAAGCACACACAAAAAAGGCACCCUUGUUCUUCUCCACCUUAAUUUUGCUUGGAGCUGUAUGCGCAUGAAAUCACAGAGCAAAGGUGUAUUCAUGAAAAAUGGGCACUUAAAAAAAUUGCAUUCUGAAUUUCCAUGGUGCCACUUGAAAAAAAAUAAUUCCAUCCUAUACUGAUGGAACUAUUUCUGUUUCUUCUCUCUGUCCACAUCUCAUCUCUCAAGUGCUCUCAUUCAUGGAACAUUCAUCUCCCCCCACCCACAGCAAUAGAUAAGACCUGGAAACAUGGAUAGAAGGAGGUGCAAGCAACACAUGAGAUUUCUUUUUUUUUUUUAAUAUAAUUUUUAUUAGAUUUUGCACAAAUUUUCCAACCUAACAACUCCAAAACAACAUAACAAAUAUUUGGCUAUCACAGCCUAAGACUUCCUUCAACCACUUCUAAUGGUUCUCUAAAUUCCUUUCUGAUUUUGCAUUUUGUUACUAUGCUUAUUGCUAAAAGUCCAAUCUUACAUCAGCGAUCUUAGUCCUUUUCACAAUAAUUUAUAUAGUCCUCCUUACAAAACUUCUUGUAAUCCUGCAAGCAAUGUUGGGUAAUUACAACUGUCUUUCAGAUACAACAUAAAUUUCUUCCAGUCCUUUAGGAAAGUCUGGUCCUGCUGAUUUCGAAUUUUCCCUGUUAGUCUCUCCAGCUCAGCAUAGUCCAUCAAUUUCGUUUGCCAUUCUUCUUUUGUUGGCGUUUCGUCUUGCUUCCAUUGUUGAGCUAAUAAUAUUCUUGCUGGAAGAAAUCUCAUUGAAUAGAAUAAGAAUAAGAACAAGAACACAUGAGAUUUCUUCUUGCUGUUUCUUUGAAGCAUCCAGGGUAGCUUUGACAGUCUGUUCUCUAGCUGAAGAAACUGGAGCAGAAAAGGGAAUGAGAUAACAGGCAGAAAUGUCGUUUCAUGCCACUCUACUUACAUGAAAUAAACAUCUUCAGGGGAAAACAAGUUGCUGUUAGUUCCCAGACAUUUUGGUGAAUGCUAUAGUGGAAAUGUAUGUAGGUAAAUUUAGCCAGGGAGAUCUAGCUAAAAAUGGUUCGGGAGCAUAUGCUUUUAAUUCACACUUUACUCCCUUUACCCAAACUUCAACAUUUGGUAUGAAUAUCACACAAGUCACCAGCAGCGUAAUUCAAAGUCUCGCUGCAGUGGUGUCCAAGCAGGGUUUAGUAGUUGUUACACCACCAAACAUGUUGGGUCACCAUUGUAGUAAUAACAGCAUAACAAGUAGCUCUCAGGAGGUGGAUCCAACACAUAGGAAAUAAAUCAAGAAGUAAAUGGAAGCAUGGAUAGCUCUGUGGUACCAGUUUCCUUUGAACAUAAGAUCUGAAAACUCAUGUACAGCUCUUCCUCUCCUAUUGUUUUAACCUUAGGGCUGCGGAACUGCAGAAUGUUUAAAGAUAUUCUGCCAAGUGGGUCGCCUAGAGAGGGAGAAGACGGCAAUUCUGUAUUUAAAAUCUCGCCUUUGGACUCAGACUUUCAUGAACGUAAGCAUCCAUUGCUGUUUCUACGACAUCUGCCUGCCCCUGAAUAAUAUGGGUUCUAAUUUGACAUUUUCUUUCUUAUCAUUCCCAUCACAGAAAGAAAACCAGAACCACUCCUAUUCUCUCAAAUCAUCCGCUUCCUUCAGUGUUAUCGAGUUCCCUUACAAGAAUCUUUCCUUUCCCGAAGAUGUCCACAAUUCUACAAUAGUAAGCUAUUUGAUAUUCAAAAUUAGCGUGACCCAGGGCAACACAAUUAAGCUGAAAAGAGUUGUCAAAAUGAAACACGCAUCUGAUCUGCUUCCAAUGUUUUUACUGUGCUAUAUUAAAUUGUGGAUUGUUGGGCUCAUUCAGUUUUAUCGCAUGCUGCUGAAGCUUUUAAUUAAAUUUUAGCCUUCAAUUAAAAGCUUUAGAUGCGGCCUUCACACUGCUGCUCCAGAAUGGGCUCAUGUCUGGCGCUGGCAUACAGAAUAGCAUUGGUGCAGAACUCGGAGCCAGCCCAUUGCAUUGCAAUCGACUAAUCACACAAUUGCAGACCCAAUCCUAUGCAUGUUUACCUAGGACAUAUAUGUUCUAUCGAGGCUUAAUUCCAUGUAAAUGUGCACAAGAUUGUAGCCCUGAACUUCAGCAGAGUUAUCACCAUCAAAGCCAGCAAUAUUAAGCUAGACAGCAUGGAGGCUUCGGUGGUGUUUAAUUGGCCCUAAUAACCUUCCCCAAAUGGAAGGACUACAAUCGUACCUCGGUUUUCGAACAGCUUAGUUCUCGAUCAUUUUGGCUCCCGAACGCCACAAACCCGGAAGUGACAUUUCCGGUUUGCGAACUGUUUUUGGAAGUCAAACAUCCCACGGGGCUUUGUGGCUUCUGAUUGGCUGCAGGAUCUUCCUGCAGCCAAUCAGAAGCCGUGCUUUGGUUUCCAAACGUUUUGGAAGUCGAACGGACUUCCGGAACAGAUUCCGUUCGACUUCCAAGGUACAACUGUACUUCUGUUCAUGGAAGGCUUUUGCUCCAGAAGCUGGGAGGCGAUUCUGAGAUUCCUCCACAUCUCCACAGCAGAUUUUCAUAGGGUGCAAGUGGCUGCAGGGCAAAGGGAGGGUACUGAUUAAGCUUGCCUCUCCCACUUCUGCCAUCAAGUGUCCUGUGAGUGAAUACCACUCAAGCAUAUUCCCAUCAGUGGGAGCAAACUCAAAAUCCAAGCCAGUGAAGCUAUGCGAUCAUCUUCCGACCAGAAGCUACCUUUAUCUUACGAGCAAUUUGGCAAGCAGUGUCAGAUUUUGCUCCUGCCAAAUCACAGUAUACACACAAACAUAGGCCAGGAAAACCUUGCUCCAUCUCUUUCGUUGAACAGUGUUUGUUUCUGCUCACUGGUGUGCCACAUGCAAGUGAAUCAUGAAGAAUUUCCAAAGCAUAUCCCUCCAAUGAUCUACAUUGUUUCUCUAUAAAAUAUGUUGUCAUCUCCUCCUCUUUAGGUUACCACGAAUAUCCUGUGGGGUAUUCAGCCAGCACCCAUGACCGUGCAAGUCUGGGUAAUCAUACUAGCCGUCUUAGCAGGAUUAUUACUUCUGGCACUUCUAGUCUUUAUAAUGUACAGGGUAAGUGGUGUCUUUAAUGAAUCAUAGAAUGGUAGAGUUGGAAGGGACCCUGUGGAUCAUCUAGUCCAACCCCCUGCAAUGCAGGAAUAUGCAGCUGUCCCAUAUGCGGAUUGAACCUGCAACCUUGGCUUUAUCAGCACCACGCUCUAACCUACUGAGCUAUCCUAGCUCAUUUUAUUGUACUAUGGUACUUUUCAGAGUGCACUCCUAUGCUCGUCUGUGAUUAGCUCCCAUUGAACUUGGUGGAGCUUAUUUCUGAGUAGGUUCAGCCUAGGGGGAAGAAGCCUCUAAAUCAGUGGUUCUCAACCUUGGGUCCCCAGAUGUUUUUGGCCUACAACUCCCAUGAUCCCUAGCUCACAGGACCAGUGGUCAGGGAUGAUGGGAGUUGUAGGCCAAAAACAUCUGGGGACCCAAGGUUGAGAAAGGCUGCUCUAAAUCAUGGGUGGGGAACUGGAUCCAGUCAGUGGGCCAGAUCCUUACCUCUGCCACAAAGAAACUUUGAAAGAUGGGUGGGACUGACCACCUGUCAAUCCCCCAAGAUGACCUCUCCAGAGGGGAUCACUGGGCACAAAUCCACUGAUGGGCACUGGCAGUACACCCGCAAAGGAGAUCAGCUGAUGGGCACAAAGAAUGUGCCCUUUUUGUUUGCAGACAUGUUUCAAUUAAAAUGGACCUAUUUCCUCUGCCAGCCUGUUGAUUGGCUGUAUUAGAAAGUUCUCAGUAGGGCACUUUGUAGUGCAGCACAUCCCAGCAACAUCGGUAUAUGCCCUACACUUGAUGUCACGUUCAGGGCAAAAGGCUGUGGAUUGGGGAAGCUGUCUAACUGGGACCUCUACCAAGCCUAAAGAUGGCCAAAGGUUCCCCUGUUCCUCUAAACUGACUUACCUUUUGUGUUCCAUAUAAAUAUUUGGAAAUCAAAGCCAGAAAUCCAGUAGCCAAAGACAGAAAUCAGAUGAGUAAUCUUUUGGGGCAUUCAGCAUGGUUGUAGAGGUACACGUGCCCAAUCACAUGAAAGCACAAAACAGGUAGAAGAACAGGGAGUUUGUCCAUUUAGCUGCAGCUUCAGAUAAACACAAGGAAAAGAACCGAAGGAAACAUGUUGUACAGCCUUUGAGAUUUAGGUAGCGGUCGGCUGUGAGAGCUUUGGUUCUAGUUGAUUCAAAUGGACCCUCCCCAGCCCUUUUACAGGUUUGCUUACUCAGAGUAUUAGUUAUACCAGUUUUCAGACCAACCUCACAGAACAGGAGCUUGCACGGGAAAUAUUUAAAUGUUUUAAAAUAGUAACAAUGACUUGGCUGCUUAAGAUCUGCGUCCAGAUGUUUAAAGAUCUGUUAUUGCAGAAGGCCUGGCUGAGUUCUGCUGGUGGCAAGAGGUUCAGCAGUAAAUAGAUUUUUAUAGCGCUGUUGAUGUGCUGGGUCAACUAGGCUAUGUAUGUGGAUGUUGUGCGUGUAACAACAGUAGCGUGGCAUAUGCACGUACAGUGGUACCUCAGGUGACAUACGCUUCAGGUUACAGACUCCGCUAACCCAGAAAUAGUGCUUCAGGUUAAGAACUUUGCUUCAGGAUAAGAACAGAAAUCGUGCUCCGGCGGCGCGGCGGCAGCAGGAGGCCCCAUUAGCUAAAGUGGUGCUUCAGGUUAAGAACAGUUUCAGGUUAAAAACGGACCUCCAGAACAAAUUAAGUAUUUAACCUGAGGUACCACUGUAUGCGGAUUCUGUGCGCAUGGUAAGAUGUUUUUGAAAUUGGGGGCUGCAUUUGUCUACCUGUUGUGGGGAUGCCUUAACUAUUUUGAUACCCCCAUGAGUGAGGCCCAGGGGUGUUUAUGGGCAGAGAUAAUUCCCGUGUCGCUCCCAGUGUGCAUUGUAUUUCCUUCCUUUCUCUCUACAACACAGGUGGGUUUCUUCAAGCGUGUGCGGCCACCUCAGGAAGAACAAGAAAGGGAACAGCUGCAGCCGCAUGAAAAUGGAGAAGGGACAUCAGAGGCCUAAGCAGUGUUUUAGCUGUGUCAUUUACCAAAAGGUUCAGAAUGGUCAACACCUUCCUUUUUUAAAAAAAUGUGUAUUUUUUCUGCCUUGAGGGACAGACGGUCUAGAAUUGCACUGCAGGUGUCUUCUGGCAUUUACAGUAGUCAGAGGUUAACAAUAUGUUAGCCUCCCUCCUAUUUAAUCCUGUUCACAUACAUGACUAAUACAUGUGCACUGAUGAGCAUAUUUUUAGUGCCACAGCCUUGCUUAUCCGGCUCCGGAAGGCUAAAGACAUAAAAUGUAUUGAUUGGUGCAACUUGAACUGCUAGCAAGAGUUUGAAGACCUGCAACUACUACAUCCGUUUAAUGAACUGUGUGUACACUAAUUGAAGACUGUCUGGGCGGGACCAUUCCACGGUACUCACCAAUCCUCAGAAGUACUUAACUUGCCACUACAUUUUCAAACCAGAAACAUCUAAAUUGACAAAACGUACAAUGUUCUGCUCCAGUUAUAUGAUUUUCAGUGAGUUCGCCAUAGAAGACAACUGUACGGUACCCAUUUCAGGAAUUGCUGUCCACUUCGUAGAUGCAAAAGAUUUAUUUCGGUUUCCUAAUAUUUAUGAGAUAUCAUCAGCCUUUUUCUAGACACUAAUAUACCCAUACUCUGGGAAAUGAUUGAUUUGUGCACCAGACUUCUGAUAACUUUUCUAGCCUUUUAUAAUUUUUCCGCACUUCAGAAAAUUCAAAGCCUAUACAAGGAAAUGGAAAUUCUUCAAUCACAAUAUAUUAUAAAAAUAAUUAAGAGUACCUGCUUGACCUUACUAUGCAUAAUUUUACUUCUGCUUUCAAAAUGCAAGUUUUGAAACAAAACAGAAUUAUUUCCAGCAAAACUAGCCUGUUGGAGGAUGAGCAAGAAGAGGAAAUAGAGGGAGCGAAGCAAAUGGUACUUAGAUGAAUUGGAAUUGUAACCUCUUAUAAGCCCACUAGAAGCCUUCAACAAAUGUGUCUCACAAUUUCCAGCUCUUACCUGCAGCCUAAGGUAGAAAACUGAAGAGUUCAGAAGGCCACAUCCUGCUCUAGAUCUUGGCUUUGCUCUGGGUCUUUACAGAUCAAACCCUUAGACAUGUAAAGAAGGAAUCCUGUUUGUACAAGUAAGUUGACAGGCGGUGAUAGCAGACAUGCUGUGCUGAGCAUGUCCCAGUGAAGAUACUAAGUGGCAAUGUCAUGCUGUCUCAAGUGGGACCCCCCUCAUAGUUGCAUUUGCCAGGAAGUUAAAAAAAAAAAAUCGUCAUAGAGGAAAGCAUUGAAGUAAUGAAGGGAAAGCAUUUUAUUCUGAACAGCUCGCAGGAUGCAUGUUGUUAAGCAGGAAAGAGCCUUAAAGGGCAGUUCCAGUGAAUGGGAUUUCAGAGGAUGUCGACUGUACCUUCACUCUUUCUGGGAUCAUUGCCAGGAUUUGAUCUAUGGAAGGAAGCUGAAACCCCAUUGGAGAUAGUUAGCCAGGUAUUAAAGAGCUCUCAUGGAGAGCUUUCCUGGAGAAGAGUGACCACUGAGGCGAUAAUACAGAAGGAGGCAAAUGUGAAGCUGAAUUGUAAGGUUUGGUCUUAGGUGCUUCUACCUUUUCCUAAAAUGGGGUAUUGUAAGUACAUUUAAAGGGAAGGAUAUGCCUAGUUGCAGAAAUAAAAAAUGCGGACUAUGAGAGCAACUGUGUGCCAUGUAGAUGAACUACCAAAAUUGGGAAAUUUAUUUUUAACAUGUCUAUUUUCUGUGAGAGGAAAAAUACAAAGGGACUUAAGUUUUAGUGUUUAUCUCAGGCCUAGUGCACCACGUGCAUGCACAUCAUUUGAUUUUGGGGGGGGAUAUUGAUUACUGUACUCGAUGACUGUUAGCUGAAUGUGUGAACUUAGGAACAACUGGAAAAAUAGAGCUCUAUCUAUGCCAUGGUGCCAGAUCUGAUGGCCCUUUCAUACAGGCAAGUUAUCAAGUGAUGAGCAUGCAGGUGUGAACUAGGCUUAAGAAAAUAAAGAGAAGACAAUUGCUUCUAUGGGGCUCAAAGUAGCACUUUCCAUACAAAUGCCAUACUGAAAGAGGUGAUUUUUUGAUAAGCAUGAACUGCAACUGCAAAACACAACAGAUUGUAUCAGUUUCCUCCGUUAUUGGAUAGUUUUGCUUUGCCACAUACACAGUGUGUUCUUCCAUAAGGGCCAAUGACGCUGCAACACUUUGUAAAUAGUACUCUAGUUUAUCCAAAUCUCUUUUUUCUUGGAUAUCCCCUCCUAGACCAUUCAGAUGAAUGAAUUUGUACUGUAUGUAAAUAUUUUUAAAGGAACGAAUGUCACAGAAGUAGGCAAAAUGAAAUAUAUUAAGCAUUUUAUACUUAAUAUUUUUUUCAUGAAGAAUAUAUAUUUUGUACACAGCAAAAGCCUAUGCAUCAAAAUGUACAAAAAAUGCUACCCCCCCCAAACCAAAACCAAAUGGUUAUGUCCUGCCACUUCAGUCUGCUUAAUUGGAAGCAAAUAUGGUUAAGAUAAGAGAUAAAAAAAAAUUCUGGCCUUGUGGUUCUAUUGGUCUGUAUCUAGACAUAGCUGUUACUGAAAGUAUCCUUCUUAACAGUACAAUCCUAUGCAUUCAGAAGUAAGUCCCAUUCUGUUCAAUGGGGCUUACUGUCGGGUAAGUGUGCACAGAAUUGCAACCCAGAGUGAGUAAUCAAUCAAGUUCAUUGUUGAAUAGACACAUCUUGGUGUCCUGUAUUACAAAAAGCAUAAAUUUUCGAGUGGUAUAUCGUUUAGCAAUCUGCCAAUUUGUAUUAUUAACUAGAAAUUUGAAUUUCUUUUCUCUGCAGCUUAACAUACUCAGUGAACAACUCAGUCCUAUGCUCCCACAGCUAACAGCUGCAACCCAGUGGUGUUGGGAGUUUUGGCAUCUUUAAAUUUAAAUAUCUGAAAACAACAAGAUUUAGGAAACUGACAAAAUGCAUUAAUUAAAGACAUAAAGGUAGCACUGGGUUUUUCAGUUCUGUGUGGUGUUAGGGGUGUGUGAUAGAGGUUUCAUAAUUUGAGAGGCAUUAUGUUGCAACAUCAGUGCUUUUUUGCCAAAGUAUACCUCAUAUAGUAAAGGUAAAGGACUCCUGACAGUUAAGUCCGGUCGUGAACGACUCUGGGGUUGCAGUGCUCAUCUCGCUUUACUGUCCGAGGGAGCUGACGUUUCUCCGCAGACAGUUUUUCUGGGUCAUGUGGCCAGCAUGACUAAGCCGCUUCUGGCAAACCAGAGCAGCGCACGAAAAUGCCGUUUACCUUCCCGCCGGAGUGGUACCUAUUUAUCUUCUUGCACUUUGACGUGCUUUCGAACUGCUAGGUUGGCAGGAGCUGGGACCGAGCAAUGGGAGCUCACCCCGUUGCAGGGAUUCGAACCGCCAGCCUUCCGAUCGGCAAGCCCUAGUUUCAGUGGUUUAGACCACAACGCCACCUGCGUCCCAUCACUAAUAUAGGACUCCCUAAUAAUCAAAUGAACUAUGUAUAGGCAACCGCUUUUUAAAAAAAUACAAAGUGGUAUUAUAUAGUAUGAUAUUUCCUUCAAAGUUAUUAUACACAGCAUUAGAACAAACCAUAGAAUCAUAGAAUUGUAGAGCUGGAAGGGACCACAAGUGCUAUCUAGUCCAGCCUCCUGCAAUGCAGGAAUCUUUUGCCCAACAUGGGGCUUGAACCCAUGACCCAGAGAUUAUGAGUCUCAUGCUCUUAUCAACAGAGCUGUGUGAUCUCUUCAUAAAAAUCCCUUCCAGAAACCAACCACCCAUUCUUCAUAAGACACUGUCAUUCUAUUGCAGAUAGAGCUGCUAUCUAUCUGUCCAUAAUGCAUUUAUGCUUUAAUAUGGGUGCACCACUGCUUCAUUUUCAUGGCAUAUUCUGAGAGGUACUGAGUUGAUUGAAUUAUUUAACGGAAUGUAAUGUUAUUAUAACUGAAUUGACGGGCUGGGAAUGGGGCCUGAUGUUUUUCUGAGUUCGCUGCUCUUUUUUAAAAAAAAAUCAAAAUCAAAUGCAAUUCAUCUUUUAUAACCAGUUUUAAUUAAUUCCUUGCCAAAUUAUCAACAUAUACAGGCCUCACUAAGGAAAAACCAGAUGCUGUAAUUCUGUCGGGGCAUUCUCUCCCUGUUGCGCAUAUCUCUACUCACUUAAAAUUCAUUCACAUUUGCAGGUUUGUUACAUAAUGUCACAGGACACCCAAUUUUAUUUAUUUAUUUUAAAAGAGUUUAAGGUCAUACAGAAACCUCUAUCUGUCCUGCUUGACCUGUGAUGGCUAUUUCAAAGGCAGUAUCAAGUGACUUUAUGUUAUGAAUGUUGUGUGUGUGAAGUUGAAGUGGAAUAUCCAUGUGCAAAUAUAAUACACUCAACGAGCAUGCGUGAACUUAACCCAGUAUGUAUGAACUGCUUCAGUUGAAAAUAUUUGCAGAGGUGUGGGGGGGGGGGAGCCAAAACACUUUCUGGGCAGAAAACUCCACUUUCCGUUUCAUACACUAUAUCUCUUAUAGUUAUGCAAGUCAUCACUGAUGUUGAACAUGCAUUUAUAUACUCAUUCCACUUAGGGUUUUUCUUUUACUUGCAUAAAGAAUUCCAGGGACCUAGAGAGGAAGUACUUGAGUGCAUCUUAUGGGCUCUCUGAAGACUUUAUAUUGGUGCAAACACUUCAGAUUGAAAGUCAGGCUCUUCCAUUUGUCUUUUCCCUGUGUCUCCUUGCUACAGAAUUAGUACCAAAGCCAAGCCCAGGACAAGCAUAAAAUGUGGCACCUCACACACAUGUUGGCCUGAGAUGAAUGUAGCAUAUAUUGUCUCCCAGAGGUCAGCAGGGCAGAGAGCAAAUAUACUAAACUGACCUUGCAGGUUUAAGUAGGUUUACUCAUAGCUAACCCCCAUUGCUUUUAGUAGAACCUGUGCACUAAUAAUACUGCUUAGGUGUGCAACCACAGUGACUAUGUAACUGCUCUAGAUAGUAUUAUGAUCACCCACAGGAUUAAUCAGAAGUAAGCUCCAUUGCUUUCAGCAGAACGUAUUCACUAGUAAAAAUACUUAGGUUUGCAGCCUCCUUGUCUGUAUAAUUACUCUAGAAAUGUGAUUGCCCACAUUGGGCGACACACCGCGUACGUUAGCAAAGUUUGCUAGUUGCAAACUUAUUUAGUUUUUUAUAACUUUGCAAGUAAAAUAAUGACUGUACUGUUACUGAGCUGAUAGUACACUGCAACUAUUGUGUCCGACAUUUAUUCCUCUAAAUAUACUGACCUUACAGUAAUGUUCCAUGUCAAUUCAACAUCAAUUAACCCACCAUUAAAAAAGUAACACACAUUUUACUUAACACUAAUAGUAACCAGUGAGAGACUAUGGCCUGAACCCAAAUAUCCAUUUAUCUAAGGGUGCUUAAUUUGUUUGUUUCUUUAGACAGUCCUUCAUGCUGCACAGCUGAGUUUUCAAACUCGGGGAUUAACUAGACAUUAUAAGAACAGCAUUGCCAGAGCUUCCUUGCAAUGUCUGAAGACACACAUGGUAUUAUAUUAUUGUACUGUGCUCUGCUUUGCCCCAGCUGGCCAACAUUGAAUUAGGUGAGGCACAACACAGUGCAAUUAUGUCACAUCACUGUACUGUGUUUCUAUUUAUACCACAGGUGGGACACCUAUAGUGCUCCAGAUGUUGUUGGACUACAGCUCCCAUUGUCCAUGACCAUUAGCUAUGCUGGAGCUAUGUUGCUUGGAGACCCACAACAUCUGGAGGGCCCUGGAUUCUCCAUCUUUGGCCUAGACAUUACAGAGAACUGGGGAUAGGAGACAGGGAGUUGUCUGUAACAUCUGGCUAAUAUGACAAAGGAAAGGCAAAAGCAAUUUAUGAUCUCUCAUGGGGUGGAGGGUUGUUAGGCAAAAAUAAAAGUAAAACAUCCCAAUGGGGUAAGCACAAGACUUUCAGCAGGUCUAAGAUAAAUCUUUGGAUUCCAACCUAAGUUUGUGGUCUUGAUGUUUAGUUUGUGUAUUUUAUUUCACCAUUUCCUAAUUUUUAUAUAUAUAUGUAGUGAUUUAUUGUUUGUGAAACACGUGCGUCAUUUUCUAAACAAACCAAUGAUUGGCAGUGUAACUACACAUAACUGAGACCUUUUCUUGAUUAUAUCAUAAAUGCACUUUGCUAAUAUGAAUUUCUGGUUACGAUGUGCCCUCUUGUCUCAGGACGCUGCAGUGCUAUUCAGCCCAUCAGUCUGUUUAUCUAAACAUCUCACACAAACAUUUCUUUUCAGAUGUCUCACAACCCACUAUAAUUUCCUGUGUGUGAUUCCAUAGGAUAUAGGCUGAAAUAAUAUAUGUUAUGCCAUAUACCUGCACCUGUUACUCCAAUUUCACUGUCAUUCCUUCCCCCAAAGAAGCCUGGGAAUUGUAGGUGCUGUUGUAGAUGCAUCCUAAAAUAUUUUCUGUGUAUUUAUUUGGUGGAAGUCUUCAAUGCACUUUAGACUUUCUCUUAGAAAUAAGAGUAUAUGUUUCCUUAAAAAAAAUAACAACACAUUGAAACAUCAGAUGUGUAACUGGGUUUGACUGUGCAUGAACAGGAUGGUGACACUGUUAAUGCUCAGGAAUUUUAAAAAAAUGCAUUUGGAAAAGCAAUAAAUAAAAUUCACCAGCACUUACACUUUAAGCCUUAUAAAAGUUCUGUGAAUUAAUAGCAUUUUAAAUGUUGAAAACAAAUAAAACAAAUCAUUGUUGUCACUCACAGCAGCUGUAAAGAUAGCCUAUAGGAGAUACAUUAGCUGUAUUACUUGACUUACUACAUUGCCCAUCCCUUAAUCCACAAAUCCACUGAAGUUAAAACACUUGGAAAAGAAAGUCAGAUAUAUUUUUAAAUUGUUUGCAUAAAUCAAUCGAAGAAAUCUUUAAUGUAAAUAGUAGGAUAACUAAUGUUUCUCUAUUCAUUGAUCAAUAAAAUACUUAUUUCACUCU